GGUUGAAACUGAGCUGAGGGAAACUUGAUUCAAAAGUCUGUCAGAGUUUUAUAAGGCCUGUUAGGAGCAAGCGCAAGUGAUGAAAUCAUAAAAAGAAAGAUGGCAGUCAAAGUUAAUAGUCAUUUUUUUCUGAUUUAACACGUCAAUUUUGAUUUUUUUUUUUUUUCUUUUUUUUUUUUUUGGCAGGAAGUCUCAGUCUUCUUGUGAAACAUGGAUAUAGUUUCAGUGAAGUCACCCUUCUGUUCCUGAGGCAGAGUUUUGAAGCCUAGCUGAUUGGACCUUAUUUCAAGGGCUUCCUGAGGUAAAGUGAGUAAAGGUGGGCCUUUAGCGUCCAUUCAGUCAGUCCUGGUUCUACAAGGGUGUAUAAAAUGAUGCACCCUCAUAUCACAUUACUGCAGCGAGAAGAUCAAAUUAGUCAGAUUACAUUUAUCAUAUCCAUGAUCAUGACAAGUCAGUCAAUAUAUAGUGCCAAUUUACAAAAAAAGCUGGUCUAGACCAGACUCUCUUAACAAAGUCCCAAUGUAAAGAUAGGAUCAGAUUGAGCCCCAUCUUGUAAGAUCAGACCCACAAACGAGUGGAGCACUUUGCAGUGUUUGGCAAGUUACAGUGGAGAGGAAGAACUUCCUUUAACAGGCAGAAACCUCGAGCAGGACCAGACUGAUGUUAGACAGUCAUCUGCUGCGACUGAACUGGGUUUAUAGAGGAGAGACUGAAGCAGCUGGACAGCAGGCAGGUCCACGGCAGCAAAACGUCAGCGGUGAUCCAGAGGAAACUGUAGCAUGAUUGAGCUCAGGGACUCAUUUGUAGCAUGUGUGCAACAGCAGGGUUCAGUUGAUCAAUCAAUAAAUUGUCAGAUAUCAUUUAUGUUUUAAAAAAUCAGAAAUAAAUACAAAGGGACCGUCCCCAUCUCUAAAUCCAUAUACAAAGUAAAGAAAAUGUGAGAUCGGAGGAACUCGAUGAAAAUUAAAGCUAUUACAAGGUGGACUCUGGCUCUCAAUGAGAACUAAAGCAGCGACCCAGCAUCCCAAACACUUUCUCACUCGUAUGCAGGGACUGCACACACACACACACACACACACACACACACACAGACACUUGUUCCACAUUCCCAGAGUGAAUUGUGAUUUCUGGGUCACUGCUGAUGUUUUGGGCUCCAUUUCAUCGUGAGGUGGAAGCGUCUCUCAGAGGUCAGGAGGUUGGCGGCCCUGUGAACUUCUCCACUCACACUUUAAAAACAAAAAGACACUCCUCUCAGCCGUUUCACUCAAUUACUCUUUACGUUGUGUUAAAGACUCCCCGCUGGCUGCAGUCAGUGAGACAUCGACUGCUGCAGCUGAGCUGCACACAGAGGAAACCGAACAGCUGAUGUAGACGACCUUAUUCAGUCCGAGGUCUCUUGAUUAUUUCCUGAAAAACACCUGAAGCUACAUUUUAUGUUGUACAAAUUACUUACACAGUGGUGUCAACAGCUUGAAAUUUAUUGAAAGUUACUUAAAAACUAUAACUGCAUUGCAUGUGUGCUUGAAGUGUUUUUCUUUAGGUGCAACUUUCACUUUUGUGUUUUUGGUGAAUUUCCUUUCAUUAGUUCAUCUGAGCACUGGCCAAAUGUGGCCAAACUGGUGUUAACACUGGUAGAGAAAAGUGAAUUUUUAAGUAAUAAUUGCGUAAAAGAUGAAAAAGAGCAUGAUGAAUGCAGGAGCAGGGGGGGCCAAGUGGGGCCCCAAAGAUCACUUUUUGCCCUUGGGACUUUGCAAUACGCUAAUCCGCACCUGCACAUUAUUUCUCGUUUGGAUAAUCUUUUUUUUUUUUUUUUUUUAUCAUUGAGUUGCACUUAAAAAAAUGCCAUGUGGGUGGAGUCCUGUGGGAUGUAUCAGACUAUUUUUUUUUGUAUUUGUUAUUUAAUAUUUACAUCUAGAUAAAGUUUCCACUCUUCCUUUGGUUCCUCCCUCCAUCUCUCUUAAAUUAAUCAUUUGGAGCAAAAAGACAAAGUAAAAUUUUAUGGCUUAUCUGUUUAUUAUAGUAGUGUCUGAAUGUGUGGAGGAAGUGAGGCCGGUGUAGCUGCGGGCUGUGGGCGGCGCACAGCGUCAGUCUGGCGGAUCCUCCUCACUCACUCAGUCGGUGUGGAGGAGAGCGGACGGAGUGGAGCGGCGCACCGGGACCCGGACUUGUAUUUUACUCUCACGCCAACAAGAGCACGACCGAGCGAGCUGCAGGCAGGCAGCAGCGGAGCAGCAUGGAGCUGUGAGGGCUGCGGGCCGACCGGGACCUGCUCCCUAGAGAUCUGCGUCUGAUUUGUGUAUUUACCGCUUCUGAGAGAUUUUUCCCAACAUGGAGACUACAGGCUGCUGGGUGCUUCUGGCUGCGCACUUCAUCCUCAUCUGCCAACAAGGUAGGACAUGUUUCAGCUCAGUUUGUCCUCAGAUGACUCAGAAACGCUCAACUCUUCUCACGUGUUUGGGUUUUACAAAGUCCGGGUGGGUUUCGCCUUCGCUGCGCACAUUUGGACGUGACUGCGCAGGAGCUGCAGGUGGACAGGGGAGUGAACCCUGCUCAAAACAAACCAAAAGCAGUCUUUAUUCAGUGAGGGCGUCUGUUAUGACUCACAGAUGAGGAAUAUUUGCUUUGCUUUAUUCCCAGAGUUGGACUUGUAGUGCGUAAAGGGUUUGUGCGUCUUUGGGAACGUUGAACAAAACGAGUCCAGAUUUUUUUAGAGCAGAUUCUCUCACAUGCCAGACACAAAUCUCUUGUGUUUUCUGUGUAUGAUCAGCGUCCCCGCUCCUCUCCGUCUGUGGGAUCCCAGAUUAAAACGUUUGGGAGGCGCAGGGCGUCACGUAUCAGCUCCAAACCGGAGCUGUCAAGCAUGAAAAGAGAAGUUUGGACACGGUAGUCUGACUGGCUUAUUAAGGGUGUCAGAGGCUCCAUAUCUGGCAACAACAACGGCAGUAAUCCUGUAAAGCUUCCCAGAAACAGAUACUAUCACUGUUUCACCAAAAAUAUAUCUGGUUUGUUUUCAUCCAAGAGGAGAAAUAAAAAAGUUUUAGUCUCAUGAGGGACAGAGAGAAUCCUAUGUGGAUUUUUAGGAGUUUAACAAACUGAAGUUUUGUUCGAAAAGAAGGGUUAUUUUUACUGGAGGUGAAAGAGUUUGAAUGGUCAGUUUAAGUGUUUUCAGAGACAGGGAAGCUAGACCAGCUUGUUGUAGGUUUUAAUGAGUCUGUCUGGGCUCUAACCUGUCUGUUUGGAAGAAUGAAGGGUUGCAGGUUUUUACAGAAUAGCAUGCAGAAACACAUUCAUGCAGAUUUAGGAAGGUUUGGACUCUGUUGGUUUGGAUCAUUCACUGCAGACUUUUCAUUGGGGAAUCUUAUGGUGCUUUGAUUUUCUUGUUAAACUUGUAUGUGGCAGGUUUCUGUGACUGUGUGGCUCAAAGUUUCCCAAAAGAAAGGACUGACCUCUCUCACACACUGACACCCAGAUGAAGGUUUGCGGUAGAGUCGGUUGUUCUGAUCGUUAACAAAGUCAAUUUGCAGUUUCAGUCCAUUCUUGUCAUUUUGAUUGAAGUGUUUUUAUUUUGAAAUUUUGUUUGUUCGGUAUCAUAUCUGUCAUCUGACUCCAUGAAUACAUGGAUGUGGUGUUUUUGGUGCAUUUUGCACUUUUUGACAUCCCAUUCCCAGUUUCAGAUUCAACUGUAACAGGAAAGGUUAUGGAAGGCCCCGACCAAAAACCUUUGUACUUAGACUUACCAGAUCUGGACUAGAUUAUUCUGUAGAGUCUGCUGACUUCUUAAAACACAGUUUCAGAUUUGUAAAACAUUUAUUCUGUUUGUGAAAAUGCAAAAACCUGUGAUUUUACGCUUUUUUUUUACCGCUAAGUCUUAACCCAGAACUAUGAUACCUUGACUUCUGAGAUCUGGCCCUCAUCAUUUUAGAAAGGCAACUUAUAAAGAGUCUGAAGCCUCCCAGAAAUAAUGUAAACCAGAUCUAUAAGUCUGACUUGUGUGGUUUUGGAUCAGGACCUGGUCCGACACAGUCUUGAGGUGAAAAUAAAGGUUUAACAAACCUGAAACAGCGCCAGGGGUCUGCUGGCUCUCAAAUAAUCUAGUCCAGAUCUGGUGAGUACAGAGCAGAGCUGUGUCGCACUGCUGGUGAGAGGAGCAGGUGGGUGUGUGUGUGUGUUAAUAAAGCAGAGGGACAGAGAGAGCAGGAACAAAGAGCCACCAGGCUAAACAGUGAGGGACCCCUGUCAUCAACAGUCAGGUGAUCUUGACUUUGUCUUCCUCAGUUUCUCAGGACAGUCUUUCUUGGUGCCUGUUUGUUGAGUUUCUGCAGAUGUUUUACUUCAAGGUAUAAAUGUUGGAAGAGCUCAGACCCUUUACUUUUCAAUAGUGCUGUCUAAAUACACUCGACCCAAGCAGAAAUAAAGGAUUUCUGUCCACACUACUGCGGAUGGUUUUUGGUUGUCAAGGUGACCAGUUAUACUCAUUUUCACCUAUCAGUCUGAGACACCUGAAGAGGAGAGUUACAGCUCAAAAGAAGCUUUACACUGGCAUAAAUGAAAACCCUUAUUUCAUUUUCUUUUUCUCAGACAUAAAAUAAGACGCAGCUAGUGGGUGUUACUUUUUACACAGCUGUGUAGACAUCAAAGUAUCCCAAAGUCAUUAUACCUUUACAGAAAACAUCAGUGUCCAGGGUGGCUGCUGUUUCAAAGUCCAGUAACUCAGGUGUAAAUCCAGCUUGUGCUGGCUUUUGUUUCCGAAGGAGUUGUCAAUAAAGUGGCGAGCAAACCGACAUCAGAUUCAAAACAAAAGGUCUGAAAAUGAGUCAAACACGCUGAUUACGCCAACACCCACGUGUCUCAUUUUCUGAAACGUAACCAAAGUUUGGUCCAUCAUUUUAACAUGGUACAUUUAUGGUGCAGAACAGAUCAGCUUGUACCUGCUCUAAAGGAUGCUGCAGUAAAAUUCAUCACUCUUGGAUGCUUCGUUCCAAUCUCAUUUGAAGCAUGUAGUGGUCCAAAUCUCAGCCUGAUAUCAUCGUUGUCUUUUAGAACACUGAGGUCUUCACUGGUUUCAGUGAGUUUUGGCCACACAGCAGGUAUUUUUAAUAACAGGCUGAGACCACCAGCACAUCCUGCAGGGUUGAAGAGGUUUAAGAAGCUGCUGGAGAUGAAACAGGAUUUGCCUCCAUAAGCCUGAACCUUGGAAGAGUUUUCCACCUCCUUGUCCUUCAGUUUUUCCUCCCGUCUUGUCCGUUCAGAGCUGCAGCGUGCCAGAGAGGACGCUGAUCUGCUUGGUUGAGUCUUUUUUUGGGGAGAUGGGGAACAAAGAUUAGGAGGCAGAAGCUGGAUGGAGCCAGUUUUAGCUGAGGAACCUUUUGUGGUCUGGAUCCGGUACCUGCAGAAAGCCUUCGAGUUCCCGUUUUGAUUCUAGCUUUAAAUGUCACUUUGAUGAAACCUGAGGGCUCAAAGCAGAUGCCAGCUUGCUUCACAGGAACGGUAGAUGGUGGAAGAAAAGAAGCAUGAGGAGGAAACUGGGCACCAUCUGUCCUCCUGAAAGAUAUUUGUGAAUGGGCAAUGCCCGCUCUCCGGCAGGGCUCAGGGAGUCUCCGGGUCUCUUGUUGUCUAACAGGGAGUCUGCUGACAGAUGGUCGUCACAGUCAGGCAGUCUGUCAGUCAAACACAUGCUGUAGAUGUGAAGCCCACCGCCACCACCACCGACGCUGAGCAGGCUGACUCUGACUCUGACUGCUAAAUUUAUUAAAGAGCAUUUAGUCUUUAGAGAGUGCAGCACGUCAACAAUAUAUAGCGUAUUGUUACAUUUUUGGCCCGGUCAUGUGAUUUCUAGACUAUCAGAUAGUGUUGUGGGCGGGAAACACACUGGGACUUUCAGUUAAUGUUGGGUUGACUUUUUUUAGUUUCUGUCAGCUGGUCCUUUACCUGAAACUGCAGAUUUUGGAGCAGUUUUUUUCCUUUCAUUACAUGACUGCUUUCAAUAUGAGGCCAAAAGAGGAGGACACCCUCACACACUCCUACUUCACCUCAGUCCGUUUACCGACCUGAGACUGACGCCAAACUCUCCAUCAUGCUCAUUCCAAUGUGCACUCACUUUUAGGCAUCUGAAAAGAGGCACAUGUGCUCAAUGCAACUAUUCCAGCUCAAAAAGUUACAAUUACAAGGCGAUUUAUAUUUGCAGUGGACUUUUCCUUUAAAGUCCCACACAGAUUGUUUUUUUACUACUUUAAGUGUUCUCAGUGGUCUUUAAAUUGUGAUUAUGAAGUUUUUAGUUAAAAUCUCGUUACCUGUGUCUUUUUCAAGGGCUUUUCCUCUGCAGAGCUCUGGUAGCUCAUUGGUAAUCGGCCUCUGAGUCAUAGGCGGAGACAGCGCUGCUCUGCACACUCGUCUUCACGCUAGCUUGUAGCCUAACAUCGCCGGUGUAAUAGAAGUAGCAGGUAACAUCGGAGCUAUUUAGCUCUCGGACACUAAUGUCUUUGGGGACAUGAUGAAAGUAAACAUCAUAAUUAGCUUUCUUAGGAGCAUUGCAACCCGCUAAUGCAGACGCUUGUUCUGCGAUCGUCCUCUCUACUUUUCUGAGUGUAGCUUUCAUAGCGGGGCUCCAGGGGCGGGGCUUGGAUUUGUGAUGUAGAAAAUCUCACUGUGUCUGAACCUGCUGUUUGGGUCUGUCAGAGAUUCACAGUGAUGUGAAUGCAGAAAUACUCAGAAAUGCAAUUUCACUCUUUUUUUCCCAUGGUUUGUCCUGUAGCAUCAGAAAAAUGACAUAUGAACAUGUAGACAACAAGAAAAACAUGAUUUUCAUCGGAGUGGGACUUUAAUGUUAGGGAACGUAAGCUGACAUUUGACCCUCUCUGAUCAGUCGUGAUGUUGCACCGAUGUGCCACAUGGAUAAACAAUCUAAAAAACCUGCACAGUAUCUGCAUGUAUCUUGUAUGUUAUGUGUGCACAGUAACUCUCUUAUUGCCUCAAGGCUGGAGAAAUUCUAACAGUUAAGGAUCUGGAUCCUCUUUAUUAUCUGAUGUUGAUUUUGCUCGUAAGCGUCAUUCUUGCAGAUUUGCUUCUCUCUUGCUCUGUGAAGCACAUCUACCUUUCUUCUACUUUUGUGAACCCCCAAAUUUAAAGUCCAAAAACCCUCUGUGCUUGUACUUUAUUUGAAAGUUAUGGCUACAGAUUCUCCAUAAUCCUGCACUCGAGUUUUGAGUAUCAUGUGAGAGAAGUGAUGAACAAUGAAGAGGAAUUUGACACGACUGUGAUAAUCCUGCUUUAAAAUUCUGAUAUUUUGGGUUCUUUAUCAUAACAGGAGCAAUCUGACACCUGAGUCUCCCUCAGGAUCAAAAAAGUUCGAUCCUCUUUUUCUCUUCUCCCUUUUUGCCUUCACCCUUUCCCCCUCCUUCAUUUCAUCUCUCCAUCUUGGUCCAAAGCAGCUUGGACUGGGCGGAUGUCCCUCUCUGCCCAGGGAGAAAAAAAAGCAGAUUUCCAGUCGUGGCAGCGGGGGUAUUUGAUGACCAGAUUAGUGGGUAUUAGGCUCAACGGCAUUCACUCAGGCAUACACAGGGGCCAGUAGUUUGAGUCCUCCAGAGUCGCCCCUCUUUUUCUUCCCUCUGCUGAAUGGAAAUGAAGGUUACAUGGGGAAACAACCAGCUGGGUCCUGGGCGAAGGUCAGCUGAGGAGGCCCGCCGCUCCGUCCGUCCGUCUUUCUGUCCUGUGUUGCCUCCUCUGGCCCGGCCGCUGAAUUAUGCUGUCAGAGGGGAGAUUUGUUUUGUAACAGUAGGAAAGAGGGCAACUGCAGAAAGACGGGAGGUGUUAGGGGGGAGCGGAUCCAGGAGGGGGUGGGGGGGCAGAGAAAGAGAGAAAGAAGAGGGUGAGGGGUUGUUUCAGGGGGGUGGCAUUUAAGCGUGACGCAUGAUGGCACUGAGGAGGAGAGGACGCCGUCACACUGUGAAGCUGGAGCAGGAGUGUGGGAGCGCAGUGUGUGAGGAUAAGUUUUACACUCACACACACACUCGUACACACACUCGUACACACACACACGCACAAACACUCCCUCUGCUCAGACACCUCAGGGUUGGAGGCCUCGCUGAGCGAUGGAGUGCAGGUUAAGCAGCACUCCUGCCUUCAUUAGUCUUCGUUAACACCCCGGGCCUCGUUAAGAGCCUCCCCUCCCAUCUCCCAUCGCUGUUCUCAGACCCCCCCCCCCACACACACACACAAACACACACACUCACUGUAAAAAAAAAACAGCCAUCCUUGCAGACUGGUUUGUUUCCGACUCUGACUGGUGGUGGAGUUUUGAAUUAGUCCGUGUUGUCCCUCGUUUGGUCUUUGCAUGUGCAGCUGAACUGAAAUUCUGAGGUGGCGGCUGUGUAGGGCUGCACGAUAUAUCUUUUGAGCACCGUCAUCGUGAUGUACAUUUGCACGAUAGUCAUAUUGCAGAGUGUGGGAUGUUGGAGGCGAAUCAACUCAUCUAAUUUCAAGGGUAGCUGACUGAGAUACACUCCAUGUGACUCUGCAUGUGCUGUGCAGCGAUCCACCAAUCACAUUCGUUCUUUACUCAGCUGUCAAUCAGAUUACCCUGCCAGCUGUCUAUCAAAAUCAGAGAGGAGGAAACCACGCCCCUGCACAUGGAGUGAGUCACUGGCGCUGCUGAUGAUGUGCCGAGAAACGCAUACCCGCCGAGAAUUCCUUUCAGAACAUUACUUAUCACUGUUUAGCCCCACAAAUAAGAUUUGUAUGGGUUUGAAAUUGUACAUUUCCGUGGACAACUGUACUAUAAGUAGAGUAGAGCACAUUUUGCAUUUCCUGGCUGGCAUGCGCUUCUCGACACAACCCCGGUAACAACAACAACGAUUGCAAAAUGAGCAACAAACAAGAGAAAACUACCGAAAAUGAAGACUUUCAAUGAAGAAAAGGAAAGUCAGUUAUCUGGAAUUAUUUCAGUUACAAGAAGGAUGAUAUCAACCAAACACUUGUUCUGUGUCGGCAGUGCCUUUCACCUGUUGCCACACUGAGAGAUAACAAGUCCCAGCACAAUAAAAGGAAGCUAAAAAUAUCUCUAAGACAGACAGAAGCCAUUCUACUAACAUUCACAAAAAGAGGAAAGAUCAGUGCAGGUUAACUGUCCUCAAGAUUUCAGCAGUGCAGCACAGCAUGAAGUGCUAUUCAGAUCAUUUGGUGAAAAUUCCUGUAUUUUUUAACAUCACAGUAUAUAUCCCAGGGUUGAAAAAAAUUGCAGUGUUAGUUUUUUCCAAUAUCAUGCAGCCCUACAUCUGUGUGUUUCAGGUGUGUUUAUUUUUGUAUUGUUGUGUAUUUAACUCAGAACCUGUUGCACCUUUAAAUGAUUAGCCGGCGUUAUUAAAGACAUGCCUACAUUUAUUUGACAUGUGGCCACAAUGGCAACAGCUACAGUCAACUAGGGUGCAGCUAUAACAGCGCGUCCUCACCCUGUCACCUAAACAAGGUGAUUUACAAAGGCCAAAGCUCUGAACUUCAGUUUGCAGACCCCCUGAUGGGCUGAUGUUGGUUCAGGGUGUUAGUUGAAGGCCACCACAGGACUCAUGGGAGUCUUAAAAUGUCAUCUUGUUGUUUGGUGCUGGACCAGAAGGACUGAUAGUAAAAAAAUAUUGAUUUAUUUAAGAUUUAAUUUUAUAUGACUCAAGGUCCUUUCACACCGGGAGUGUUUUUUUUUCGUGCGAUUAUUUCGGACGUCAGUAUUUUUUUUUUAACCUGUAUCCUGUCAAUACAAGCGUUCACAUCAGCGACGUUUUCCCGUCAUGCGAUAUUGCGGCAUUUAUUUUUUCAUAUCACAGUCGAAUUUUCUACAUUUUUGCAUACUGUGUGUCCACUUCUGACUAAUCAGAUUUCAUGUUGUUGAAACAUCAGAUUCACCAGUAGAUCCAACAUGGCCAACCGGCUGAUUGUUUACGUGUCGGAGAACAGAGUGAUUUUUGUCAAAAAACACAAACAUUACAAAGAUAACGACCUGAAGGACGACUUGUGGAGAGUCAUAGCGUCGGAUUUCUCACAUGACGAUGGUUUGUGUGCUUUAACAGUUUGCUAAACGUCUUUUUUUUACUUUCAUCUGUGCUAAGUAACUUUAGCUCGUAAGCUAACCUGUUCAGAUACAACAUACCAUAUAUAUUUUCACUGUAAACUCAAACUCAAUCACAGCGUUGCUGUCACAGCACCAUUAGGUCUCAGUUGUUACCUUACAUUCAUGGAUUAUAGUUUAAUGUUCUUAUCUGGUUCUGGCCCCGACUCAGUACAUGCUAUCAUGACAGACAGACAUCUCAACACUAGAGUCUAAUCAGAACUGAAAAACACUCAGUCUGGUGUUGUGUCAGUCUUCUCGCUUCCAUCCAGGACGCGUCUUUUUUUUCCCCCAGAAAGUCGCAAAAUCGCAGCGUGCUUGAUGUGUACAGUCAGGCUGUCAAAAUUCGCCUCCAAAUAUUUUGUAAUUUCAUGUCGUAUAUUUGCAGCAUGCAGCAUAAAUAGAACAUAUCAUACAGAGAGGAUAAUGAUAGAAACCUUUCUUUUAUCCUCAAAUAUCUGAUGCACAGCUAACCAGGUGAAAUCAUGAAAAAUCAUAAAAAUUGAAGGAUUUGAGCUUUUUUUACACGUUUUCUUACAGGCUGCUGAUCGAGCAAAUCACUCGGUCUUUUCAAACUUAUAUAAACGUCCUUUAUAACAUCGAGACUCGGGUUUGAUCAUGAUUCAGGACAUCUCUCAUUUUUUAACUAAGCAGACGUUGGCUCUCUCUCUUUCGUCUGUCCCUUGGCUUUUCAGACGCACACAGGGAUACACCGCUCUCCUCUCUCUUUCUCUUCCUCUGGCUUAAUUUUUGUGUUUUCUUCUUGUUUGAAUGAAUUUCUCUCUUUUUAUACUUUUUCUUUCCUCACCCUUUCAUCUCUCCUCCUUUUUUACUCCCCUUUAGCACAUAUUCCCUCGCCCUGUUGUCCCACAUUUCCCUUUUUCAGAGCCUCAUGCCUUCAUCCUUCUACUGUCUGCCCCCCACCCCCCCUCUCUCUUUAACGUUUUUUAAUCCUCCUCCUCCUCCUCAUUUGUCUCCCCUCUUGUUUCAGGGAGGGUGAGGGAUGAGGGUUGUCGAGGGUGGGUGUCUCUUUUUGGGGGUGGCCCACCAUCUUGUCUCUGCUGGUGUCCGCCUGGUGCUCUGCCACCUCCAUCACCCCUCCUUCCCCUCUUUCUCCUCCACUCUGGAUGCUGUAAUGGAUGACGGGGCAGAUCCGGGUGGCCCACAGUCCCUCUGAAAGGGGGGACCCAUUGCAGAGGGGGAACAAGUGGAGCCCCCGUAGAGUAGCUGGUGGAGAGCCAUUUGAUUUGUCCUCCACUUUUCUCCCUGUUUUCUCCCCUGCGAGUGUGUGGUCUCUGUUCGAUCCUGGAUGUUCGAUGGCCCUCAUCUCUCAAACCUCUGAAUGCAAACCCCCCAAAAAGUGAUGCAGAAAAAGGCCAGCGAUAAAAGGCUUGCAUGGAGGAUGCGGGUGGGUCAAAGAAAGUCCUCUCCAUCAAAAGAAGAGCCGAUUGAUUCGCUGCUUUUCUCGCCCAUUCACUGCUGGGUGGAGAGGAUCUUAGCAGGUGAAUGUGCAGACGCUUUAGGCAGAUGUUGUCGUGCACAAAAGGAUCCAAAGGGCCUCUACAAGGCUUUUCAAGUAUUUACAGAACAUUUACAUUUACAUUUCAGGCAUUAGGCUGAUCCUCUUAUCCAGAUCGGCCUGCAUUGAGUGCAGCAGGAGAAUGAGCUUAAAUUCCUCGAUCAGAAACAUUACAAGCUAACAGUAGCAGGGGGCCAAACCGCAGAGCUCCGUGUCAGGUCUCCAGAGUCUGCAGAGGAAGAUAAAAGAGUGAAUACCAGAUCUAGAUAUGCUGCGAUUUAACGACAAGAAAGAAUAAAAGACUUGUGGAUUUUCUUUGCCCGCCUCAUAAGUCCUUAACCAUAUCCCAAAAAGGUUUAUUAAGUACUUGAUUCUAAUUGAACAUGACAGAGCAACAUUUCUGAUCAAAGGUCAGCUAUUUUCUAAUAACAAACCUCUGCUGUGAAGAACAGACCGUUGCUAGGGUUACAGCAUUAGCUUCUCUCCUGUGAGACACACCCACUGCUGCUCUCCCUGCUCUCCUCUCUCCAUCUGUGGUGUCCUUACCAUUUUUACUGCUUUGACACAAUAUGUUAAAGAUACAGCAAUUUCAGAUUCUGCAGCAACAUAUGCUGCCAUUCAGACAAUGACUUUUCCAGGGAAGACCUUCAUGCAAGACCAAGUGUGGUGUGGGACCAUUUUGAGCGGAAAAAUGAUUUGCCCAAACACUGUGAUGCCGUGUACAAGUACUACGACAAUGACCCCAAUGAUGAACCACUCUAACCACAAACAUCCGACUGAGGUUAAUGAAUCCUCCGGGUGCUCUCAGUCUCAGUCUCAGUCUACCAUCAGCAACUUGCUAGCGAUGAAGUUCUGUAGGGUGACCAUAUGUCCCCGAUUUCCAGGGACAGUCCCAGUUUUGGAUGACCCGUUUUCAGCUAAAGUUGUCCUCAGAAAUGUCCCUGAUUUUAGCAUUUCACGAAUGAGAAAAAAACAACGGUAAUUAUGGUAGCCAUGCAGGUAGGAAGUGCGAGUAAGCAUGUAGCGCACAGUCCUGAACAAUCCGUUUGAUCAGUUGAUCAGUUUUUAUAUUUGACAUGUUGUCUUUUCUCUAUUUUUAAUUAUUAUAGGCUUUAAAUGAUUUUGAAAAACAUUCGGCAUAAAGUCCAAACUUUGUCAGAACCUUGGUAGUAAGUCUUCAUCCAUUUGAACUGAUUGCACCUUGAGGUUCUGUGCAUGAUUCAGGUGAGUCGACUCUUUAGAUAAACACUUAAAGUUGGUGCAGUCAGCUGUAGACUUGUGCAGCGCUCAGCAGAUGUUUUCUCUUGAGCCAAUCAGUCUGCCAGCCUCAGAGAAAACGUGUCCUCCUCCUGGUCAGACUGGUUCUGUGUCCCUCUGUGAGAGGCCUCAGGUUGUGUUUACACACCUGAGCUGUUGCACAAAGCCGGACAGGACUCGGCUGAACUUCACCCAUGAGGCUCGUCUGCUAGGAGAGGUGUGUAGAAGCUGUGAAAGGUUAAUCCUGUUAGUCUGUGAAGUAUCAGACAUUUGCAGCAGUUAGAUCUAAUUGGAAGCAGAUGUGAAGAUUUCGGGAUGUCAUUGAAAGCAGCUGAAAUGGAUUUGGGAUGAAACCAAAAUGGAUUAAUUCCAGAUGUGCGGACAGGCCCAGAGGUCUGUUUAGGGCAGGGUUAUAACUGUUGCACUCCUGUUCAGAUAAUUGGAUAAUCUUGCAGAAAUUGAGUUUAAAACUGGAGAUGUGCUCCCCAGAGGAUACGCUGCUCACGGCUCAUUUUUGAGAGGCAGUAAUCUAAUCAAGAAGUUUCCUAUACAAAUGCUCAACUGACUUCAAAAUCGAUCCUAAAAGUCAUUUUUUGAAUAAGAGGGCACUUAUGAACCUCUUUUAAUUUUAGCACAGUUAAGUCCUCUGUCUGUUUGUUUGAGAAGACUGUGAGGUUGUACGAGUAACGUGUCACAAGUAAGCGACAAUGGAUGCAAGUAAGCCCCGCCCCUUUAAUGUGGAACAGCCUGGAGAACCGGUAAGCAAGCUAGGCUACAGUUUUCCGCAAGUCUGCCGCAUGUUGUAAUAAUUCAAAGAGACCGCACCUCAACUACUUGGUAAAUGCCUAAAAAAAGUCUGGAGUUGAUGUUUGUAGCUCUUAAUUCUCUGUAAGUUCCUCUGAGCAUACAGCAGACGGAUGUUUCUGCAUCUCCGCGUUUGACGGCUGCAGCAGAAAGAGCAAGCAGCAAGGAGGUCAGGCGGAGGGGAGACAGCUGGUGAUGGAGGUGAACAGCAGGAGGUCGGCACUAACAGCUCCAGACAAAUAGCAGCAUCUGGACUGCCAAGAGCUCACUUAGAGAGGAUAUUUAUAGAGUCAAAGUACAGUAACACUUCACCUCAUGGAACACUACAGUUUGGUCUUUCUACUGAUGUAGUUUGGGUUAGUUAACUACAGAAAAUACCUUAUCAAAUACUUUUGUACUAAAAUAAGAACAUUUUAGAUACAUUACAGGAAGUUAUAGGUAGAAAUGUCUUGAAUCACAGCAGAUGACUAGAGCAGUUUUCACCAAAAGCAUGAUGGGAAAUAAUCCCAGAAGGUAUCUCGCUGGAGUUAAAUGUAAAUGAACCCCACUAAAUCUUUCUACAUCUACGAGUUCACAACGGCAUUGUCUGAAAGUUGUUCUCAGAUCUUUUUGUUGAAAUUGAAGUUUGGUAGAAGAGAGGAGGCCUGUCAGAGGAAUACUUGAUGGCUGGUAUUUUGGUGACUCCGGUGAAACUGCAUUAAAAACAGACAAGACUCUGGAGUGGAAAUCAACACAUGGGCUUAAAUUCACUUCCAAAAUCCACUGUCUACCAAAGUCAUACUAUAUUUUACUUUCUGAACUCCAGAAUCCAGUCUCCUGGUUCCUGGAUGUUCACAGUCUUGUUUGCUUUACUGCAUGUAAUUGUUACCCAAGAUUUCCACCGCAUCCAGAAGGGCGGUAAUCGCGAGAACUCACAAGAACCAGCGGAUUCACGUGCAAUUAUGCAAUAACGAGACGUCGCUUAGCCACUAACCAUAAAGUAGAUUGUGUCCUUCCAGAGGAGGAAAUCUACUUCUAGACUUCUAGAAUCAGCAUCUCCUCAUCCACGUCUAAAAACCUUUCACUUGUUCGUCCCCAAACGUUUCCAUGGUGUGAAUUACAAUCCACCUGAAACACAGAGUGUUUUAUUUUGAAAAGAAACAGGAUGUUUUAUUUUGUGUCUGUCCCCAAAUUCCUUUCCAGCACAGUUUAAUCUGUGCUGAAUUUAUCCGGCACUCAUUGGCAUCCGGAAAAAAAAAAACUCUUGCGAUCAGCUGAGGAGUCCAGCGAUCCACAACAGAAUGGAAUGAAUCCGGUGGAAAUUGACACAUUAACUUGAAUGAUUACGAUCGGCGGAUACUGCCUUUUCGUAGCCGUUCCGGAUGCGGUGGAAAUUGGGGGCAACUGUAUGUCUGGCUGCAGUGAUUUUGUCUUUUACUGCUAAAAUCACAAACUAUUAAACAGGAUAAUCCCAUUAAGGGAGAACAUCUGGAAACAAGCGGAUCAAAAUGUCUUACAGUCAGCGAUGAGGUUCAGACAUCUGCCAUCAUUACUUUUCCUUCCUGGUGAGGGAAAUCCAGCAGAAGUGUGUCAAGGUUAAAAAGAGACAAAGUGUUCAAUCCAUAAUUUCCUCUGCGCCCCCCUGCUGCUCAUUUCAAUUAGGUCAUUCCUCAAAAUAGUCGCCGGUCCCCGAGGCCCCGUCACAAACCGUCUGCCUGCUAAUGAGCUGCCGAUGCUGCGGAUGCCGCCGCGCUCGAGCUGCACGCCUGAGUCAUGCAGGUGAAAAAGCAAUUAGUGACUCCUGCAGGGCGACUCCUGCAGAUGAUGUAGCGCUGACAUCAUCUGGAGGCGGGACAUCCUGCUGAGUGACAGAGCGGACAGGUGAAGGUUUGAGUGGACAGGAGGUGAAGAUGUUGAACUCAGUUUAAUAAAGUCAGGCUCAGUUAGGUUUUGGCUCACAGACGAGAGGGUUUGGCACUGGUCUUCUGUGAACCAGACCCUCAGUGUGACUGCUGGUCUGUGAAUCUUUUCAUGUUCACAUCGAAGGCCACACACACACAAAGCAAAGCAUGCUGGGAGGUAGAGUAACACUCAAACGAGGCUGACUGCAUCCUGCUGGAGCUUCAACAAAAACAAACGGAGUCUGAGAGCCGAGAAUCUGCAGAGCUGUCACUCCCAGAGUCAGCCUGUGAUUUCUGCCUGUUUGAAGGAAGUUUGUUCUUCCGACUGUUUAGAGUCUCAUCAGGAGUCUGACUGUGAUAAAGAUGCUUUUAUAUCCCCUUUUAAAGCUUUUGGGUAAAUUUAUAUCAAUGCUUUUUAUGAUUCAGAAGCAAACAAGACCACCAGGGACGAGAUUUAGAGUUCUUAUGUUGUCAUUUUUAAAGCUGAAGCUGGUGUGAGGAUGUGAGCCGAGCAGCUGGAGAACAAUCUUUGUUCAAUGACAGAUUAGACUGUUAAUUGUCCUUUUGUCAAAAAACACUACGUGACCAUUUGGAGGAAAGAUUGUAAAAUGAAUUAAAACCUAAUUCUCAUGAACUCACGGCUUCAUGAUAUAUGAUCUUAUUAGGGUAAUUCAUGACUAAUUCCUUGUACUACAGGACUUUGUUGUAGUAAUAUGAUUUUAGAUUUUAUUCUCAUAAAACUGUUUCUUUCAUUCUUAAAAGAAAAGUUACAACCUCAUGUCGGUGAAUUUAUCAUCGUUCUCUCUCUACUAAAUCGAUCCUGUCAAAAUAUCAACUUUACUCUCUUGACGACUUGUUUCUUAUAAAUUUAAACAAAGACUUUGAUUUAAUGAUAAUAAAACAAGACCAUUAUAUGUAAACUUUCGACUUCAUUUUCCUGAUGUUCUGACUUUUUGUUUAAGCUGACGUCACUCUCCUGCAUUUACAACUUUUUUUCUCAUAUUACGACCUCUUGUUAGAAUUUUAUAGUCUGACUUAAUUUUUGUUGAAGUUUUCACUUAAUUCUUUUAGAAUUAUGACUUAAAUCUUUCAAAUUUCUUGUAAAGUUUGAAUUAAAUCUUGUAAAGUAACAGUUUUAUUUAUUUUUUAUCUGGUGAAUUUAUUCUUGUAAAAUAAAAACUUUAGUUUUGUUCGACUUUUUUAAAUUAUAUUCUGACCAAAUUUUUGUUGAAUUUAAACUUACGUUUUUUUUAAUCACUUUCUUAUCUUGUGACGUUACUGUUCUUAAAGUAUGACUGUUUUGCAGAAAUUGAUAACCAUCUUUCUCUAAUAACUUUAUCCUCAUAAAAAAGGACUUAAUCUGGGAAAUGUUGACUUACAUCUUGUUAUUGUUUGACUUGAAAUCAUAUUAUUUUAAAAAUAAUGUUCUUUAUAUUAGUGCUCUACUCUGUAAAAAUGCAAUAUCUGAUCACACAUUUUAUAACCUUGUGUGAUUUUUAAUGUCUCAUAUUAAAGGGAUGUUGGACCUGUUGACAAAAUAAGAAAAUGUUUUCAGGAUGUAAAUUGGUCCCAUUUCAAAAAUCUAUUUUAACUUUUUUUUUGUUGCCUUUUUUAUUCUUUUCUGUCCCUUUAAGUCAUGAAUAACCACAAACAUCCUUCAUGAGUUAUUUAUAACAUUAAGUGAAACCAGCUUCACCUUAAAAAAGUGAGCUCUGGCUGCCAGCGUCUUUCUUUCAGCGCUCGCUGUUUUACCCAGUUGGCAGCUGAGAAAUCCUACGUGACUUGAAUGCAGCGUUUGCUUCAAUUUAACUGUAAAUAAUCUGAACAUGUUUACCAGACGUUUUCAGAAUAUCAGACUUUUUAUAUCAAAGAUGUUUAUAAGAAGUUUUUUGUCAAAGAGCAUACACACACACACACACACACGCUCUCACUCACACACACACACACUGUCAUUGUCUCGACUGUGGGAUACUGUGUUGGCUCUCUCUCUGUCGUCCUUUCAGCUCUGCUGUUUAAUUAAGUCGUUUUUCUGUUGGAGAAGUUUUCCUCUGGGCCUCUGACAAAAUGUUUCAUCACCGUGUGUUUGAUAACUUUGGAGAGCAGCUCGCCACACACAGACCGUUUCAGCCAGAGUGAAAGUUUUCAGAGCCAAUGAGAGGUCCUGAUGUUCAUCGCUGGUAUCUGCAUUUACCUUUGGGAGCACAAAGAUGAAAAUAAGCCAUAGUUUAUGAGAUGUUAUACCAUCCGUCUCUUCAUGCUGAUCUCCAGGCUUCAGCUGGGUGAUGCUCCUGGUUGUGGACAAACUUUGGACCUGGUUCUUAGUUACGUACUCUUAUAGUUCCCCUUUAAGCUGUGAGAAGUUGGCACUUUGAGAACCAGGGUAAGAUUUCUCUCACUGUUGGCAUUUCCAGGAGGUCUUUUUAGGCUUGUCAUCUUCAGGAUACUGUGAACGACAUUUGUGAACAGUUGAAAAAAUUUUAUAACUAAUACAUGAUACUAUAAAAAUGAACACUUGGGCAGAAAUCAACAUGACACCAUCAAACUGAAAUGAUAAAAACUAUGUCUGUGAAAGGAAACAUUGGACCUGUAUUUUAAUUUUCUAGUUUAACUCAUGUCACAUCUGUUAACAUGGAGGAGGCGGAGCUUAUGGCCUAUAAUGCAGCCAGUCUGUAGGGGGAUCUCAAGAUUAUUCGGCUACAAUUUUAGGAUGCUAUCUUUUCAUCAUAUUUGUUAAAUCAAUGAGACCUUGAGUGAGUAGUUUUGCUUUUUAAUGAUGUUGCAACCAUCAUCAGGGCCUGAGUCCACUGACACCUUUUAAUUUCUAUACAAAGCCACAACAAAGGCUUAUGUCCACUGACAGCAUUUAUUUCGUGUACAAAACCAUAAUAGGGGCCUGUGUCCACUGACAUUUAUUUUGUACUACCAAAACGGUUCAGCGUUUUUAACCCUCACCGUCAGCGGAUUUUUUGUCACUGUACCCUCAGCUCAUUAAGUCAAAUUUUUGUAGCAGUGCUUGGAUUGUUAGCAUUACUCCUCAGUCAGCAACCAAUUAGAAUUUAGAAAGGGCGGAGCUGUCGAUAUCAGCUUUGUAAACAGCAACAGUAGGAAAAAUCAGACCAAGUAACUUUUCUAACGGUAAAGUGUCCGUGAAGCCAGAGAAAGAACCUUUAUUAUAUUUCUUUUUUGGUAAAAUUUGCUUGAAUGUGAGCGGAAAAAAAUACCAUAGAACAAUUAAAAACAGACCUAACUGUAAGACAAAAGAAAGUGGAAGUGCUGAUGAGCAGCACUCUGAGAUGGUCAUUUUUGGUGCUUUCAUGGGCACAAAAUGCUGAAAGUGGACACGGGCCCUGAAAGCCUUCGAACAAAGUUACUUUUUAUCGUUACCUGUAUUAUCCGAGAAAGAAAGAACUUAUACCCACAGAGUUACACAAAUGUUUUUGUUAAACUUUUGCAGAACAUUUAUGAUACAUAACCAAAUUUAUGUGAACUUUGACCCCAGUGCAGGAUGUUGAGACAUAAUCCUUUUGUCGUCCACACAUGAUGAGCUGCCAUCAAUAACAACACGGCGGUUCUGAAAAAGCUGGUUUCCAUUUUCACGUCCGUAAACACACUAACUCCAGACUCAGACAAACAGAUUUCUUUGGAUGUUUGGAGGACUUUUCGUGCUGCCGUCCAGAUUGUGUGAAUGAAUGAGUCUGUGUGCACAUUUGGAGCGAUUGUGUAACCGCUCUGGGUCCUUCAAUGGGAAGACGACGAUACUGCCUGGGCAGUCUGGAAGGACCAGCUGCUCUUAUUACCGCUCUCGUCUGCUUGGAGCAAAAGUUUCACCUUUUGGAGGAAAUACUCUGACUUUCUUUUCUAAAGGAGAGUUUGGUUUGAAUGUCGUUGAAGCUGCUUUGAGUGUAAAACAACGUUUCACAUUAUCAUCUCUUACUGUUUUGGCAUGUUUAUGUGGUCAUUUCCUCCAUUUCUGUGUUGUUGUGCGCACAGAAAUAUCUAAAAAGACCUCUAGUGUGGAGAGAUAUCUGCAAAAUAUCUGAACAUAUGUGGACGAAGCUUCAGCACGCUGGUACUUUCCCUGAUCAUGUGGUCUCUUGCUAGUCUGAUUACCGGUCAAGUUCCUCGAGUCCACCCAGAAACCACUUUGUUUACACAUUACCUCAAAAGUUCCCGAGGGAGAACAUCUGGGAAAUUUGGGAACCUAAAACCCACAAACAUACACAUUUCUGCUUUGGUCUCUGAUUGAUGCCAACAUUAGCCUCGUGUUUCAGCUCUUCAAAAGGUUUACAGCUUAAUGUAUUGCAGCCACGAGACUAAAUAAAUCAUGGUGUAUGUUCUGCUCUGCAGCAGCCUGGAUGUAAAGCUGAGGCCGGUUAGCUAACAGCAGAGGUUUUAAAAUAAAUACCAUGUCCAUAAGACGACUGUGUUGGAGCUGUACCUUUCUCAGUUUCUCUCCAAACCGUCCUCUUCCUGUAAACAAGUCGCUCUGAGUGGGAGCUCUUUGUGUAAACAUCCCGGCCGCUCUCCGAGUGUUUGGAGCCGCUGGCUGUGGAGGUGACGGCCGGGCACGGCAACAAAGAGAGGCGGUCUGAAGGUUUGUGUGAGAUUGAUGCAGCAGCAGGAGAGGCUGGCAACGGGUGAACGGCGGGCAGGUACCCAGCAGACUUUCAGAGGCUGAAUAGGUGUUGAUGGGAUGGCCUGCGUCACCGCUGAGAGCUGGUCUUGGUUCAACAGAGGGAGAGGAAAACGAGGUGACAUCUGCAGACAUCCAGAUCUGCUUUGGUGAAAUCUGGAAACUGAGAUCUGUCUCCUGAGCUCCCAAAGAGCUGCCCCCCUAAAACUGCCAAAGUUUACUCUCCGUUAUAUUUAGACUUGAUUUGAUAAAUCUGUGGAUAAUUUUCAUCUAAUGAUGGACAAUCUUAUUCAGUCUGAGUAUUUCCCAAUGACCCCAAACAUUUAAAUGUUCGUUUUGGCCAAAGCUUAAAAAAAAACCUGAAACAAAGAUGUAAUCAUCGGAAGUUUAAGGAGUGAUUUUCACUUCAGACCUUGGUUUUGGAACUUGUCCCUUUAGUACAGAGAUUUCUCCAGAUCCUCUGAAUCUUUGAAUAUUAUGUACUGUUGAUAAUGAAAUCCACCCAGAAGAGUAAGCCAUAUUGACAAGGUCCUCUUGUUAUUAUUUUUACUUAUGCUGGUAAAAUCGUCCAUCUAAUGGGGCGUCCACACCAAGUGGGAGUAAUGAUCUGCGUGUCAACAGAGUGCUUAAAAUCUGUGGAUAUCAGCUCAUGCUAAUUUCAACAGUGAUCGUUGCCAAUUCAACCAGCAGGAUCAAGUAAUAGAUAACGGUUUUUACAACUUACCAAAUUAUCCGACCUCUUCUCUCACUUUCCUCCAGGUAGGCUCCUUUUAAUUCCUGUUUUUAUUUAAAAAAGUUGUGGAUACAAGAGAGGAGGAGAGUCUCCAUCAAGCAUGGUACGAGUGAACCAGGAGUUUUUGUUGUGGAAGGACCACAACCGUCUGAGAUGUAGGCGACGCCAUGUCUGGGUCUCCUCCAAUCACUGUGCUUGGAUGACGGCUGUUUCCAGCUGUAUUUUCAAGUUACCCAAACCCAAAUUUGACGACCUGUUGGUGAGGGUCGCUGCCAGGAUAUCCCUCCAGGAUACUAAUUACAGGCGCUCUGUCCCAGCUGCAGAGCGCCUGUCCAUCUGUCUGCUGUGAGUAAAAGGAUUUGUGGAUUUUAACACCAGUGGACAUCUUAUGGUCCGUUUUCAUACGUCACCAGGGAAUCUUGGUGCUGAUUGGUUAUCGCGACGCAAAUAUUUGCCUGAGUUGAGAUAUUUUCAACCCUCACAAAUUCGCGUCAUUCGUGCCAGAGUAGAACAAGCAGCUAAUCGCAUCUUUGCAUCGACUUCACAUGUAAUUCAUUCGCACGAAUGAUCUUACUUGUGCUCAGUGUGAACGCCCCAUAUCAUGAGAUCCAAUAGGGAUUGACGCUUCAGGAUCUGCACUUUUUCUAAUCGUAUGCAUCCAAAAAUGGAGGUUGCCAUCGAAGCAUGAUCCAUCAGGGCAGGUGUGACACUUUGAGCUCCUGAUUGAUCUCAGCAGGACUUGAAACCUGCUUCUUGUUGAGGCUGCAGCGCUCCAAGUCUAAACCAGCUCUGUGACUGCACAGUGUUUGGCUGCAGCCCAAAGAGGUCGCUGAUGGAAACUGUAGACAGUCAGAUCCAUUAUUCAUCUGCUCUCCCCCGGGAAAGAUCAUUUGUUUCUGACUACAGAUACAGGUCACACAUGAGUGCAUGAACACACACACACUUAAACACACACUGAGGGCUGUUCAGUCUUAUCACAGAGGAGCUGGUGUUGGAGGAUGAGAGCCAGAGACAUUACUCUGCAGUUAAACGUUACGAACAUGACCACACAUGAAAACACACAAAGAGAGGGGGAGUGUGUUGACUCACAGGAGGAGGUCGAGUCCGAGCUUGAAUUUUUAUGAUUUUAGGAAGAAUGUUCAGCAUUAACUGCAGCCUAGUUUCAGUUCAUUUGCAUGUAUCACUUUGAACUUUUGGGCAAACUUGCAGGAUCAUGUGAAAAGUUCUACCUGUGCGUGCACAAAGUUCAGUCUCUCCUCACUCGACUGGGAGGAACAUUCAAAUUAAAGUAAUUUUGACAGUAAUGCGUUUCUUUUUUCUUGGGGAGGCUCUGAUUUUCAAGAAAUAAAGUUUCCUGAUACAAAAAAGAAAAAUAAGGUGAUUCCUCCACAGUGUACGAGGUAGGGCUGCACGAUGAAUGGAUUUUAAAUCGUAAUUGGAUUAUUUGAUGAUGAUGAUGAUGUUUUCUCUCUAUCAUGUCUCGCGCCUCCAGGCCACCGUAGGUUCCCCUUUCCUGCAGUUCCCACACACACCAGUGUAAACAAACAUGGCGUUUGCAAAAGAAGGCGAUAAUUUCGCGGCUAAACAGGAGAAGAGCGAGUCAGUCGUGUGGAAUUGGUACGACUUCACAGUUUCAGAUGAAGAGUAAACCACUCCCCGCUGCAAAGUCUGUCUGAAGGCGGUAUCAACCCGUCACCACGGAAACAAAUUCAGGAGAAAAUGCAAAAGUUUUUUGUCGUAUCGGCGUUUCAGGUGACUGUAAAUGUUACUUUUUGAAAACGGGUCAAAACGACACACAGCGUAACUCCUUUAUGGCAUCUGCGCGUGUCCGACCAAAACAUCCUUUCUUCACACGCUCUGUACUCUUCUUCUGUCUUUUGUGCAUUUCCUCGGCAGCAUUACAGCGCCACUUACUGGCUUGGCAUAUGCACUACAUCGUUUUCAGUGGUUUCAUUUUGAGAGACGAUAGAAAAACUUUUUAUUUUAAAGUGAAGUUUGGUGAAGUCGUCACUGAAUAAAAAAUUUGAAAUCAAAAAUCGAGUUUUCAGAGAGAAAAAAAAGGAUUUUAUUUUUGGCCAAAAUCAUGCAGCCAUAGUACCAGGUGAGGUCCUUGGUUGAGUUCAGCUCACAGAAACUUUGACGGCGGUUAAAGUGACCAGUUUAUCUGGAUUAGACACUCUCUUCCUCCCUUCACUCAUUUUAAAUUGAGGGAUGUGUGUUCAACGAUGAGCUUACUUUACCAAACGGGUCGUAACCAUGCGAUCACAGAUGAUCGAUGAGGGAGAAAAUUCACCAACUUGAUCUCUGGUGCUACGAGUCGGCUUGACCUGAACAAGUGACGGUCCAUGUCCACGAUGAGGCUUUAACCAGAUUUAAGAGCCGUCUUCAGGGUUAAACAGCUCUCCUUUGUUUCACAGCCCACUGUUGUGCAGGUUGCAGCUCACUUUUUUAGUAGAAGAAAUCUACUUAAGUGCAUUUUAUGGACAGAAUUUAAAAUGAAUCCACUUUUCCAUGCUGAAGACUACCUCAGAUGACUUAUCUCAGAUUGAUUCUUGCUCCUGUUGUCCGUGUCUUCCGCCUUCCUGGUGUGCACAUGUGAAAUAAUCCUCUCAGCGUCUCUGCUUCCUUCAUGUUUCGUCCUUCUUUUAGGGCUCUGCCUGUAUAUAAUCCAGCGCUUUUGUUCUUCACCAUUUAUAGUUAAAAGGGAAGGAUGAGAGCGGCUGAUCGAUGAGGAGAAGAUCCACCCUGAGGCCCGUGUUCGGUUGAUGAGUUUUCUCCCCCCCUCUGAGUUAACGCUCCCAGCAGAACUGACUUUUAUUGGUCCAACGCCUGCAGCGGUGUGACGGGGCGCUUUGAUUCUUCUGUUGGUGGUCCUUUUAGUGGAUUUCUGAGUUUUUAUAGAAGUUCUGCCGUGUCUGACUGUAGUGGAAGAACUUUGAUGAAUCACUCUGCCUCAUAAAGGUCAAACUCUGUUUCACUACCAAUGCAGACCAAAGCCUGUGUGGAAAUAGUCGUUUUUUUUUUUGAAAAAUGUUUUUUUGGCUUUUUGAGAUGAAUACAAACAUGACAGUUUAGGGUAAAACAUGUAAUACAGACACUGAGUCAAAGAAAGUGUGUUUUAAAGGCUCUCUGAAUACAAGUAUGAGUUUAAGAAGAAGUGCAAAUACCUGAGACGAGGCGCAUCGUGACUUCCUGUACAAUUCACUGUCAAAUUUGAUGUAUAAGACGCACCUUUAACACCUUUUUUGUCGCUUAAAUAGAAACUACACCCAUGUACAUUAUCUUACAUAUGGUCUUAAGACGUCUACACAUCCAAAGACGUCUGAAGACCAUAAUCAAGACGUCUCAAGACAUUUUUAUACAUCAAGACGUCUUAAGACAUCUCAAGACAAAAAUUUGAAGACGUCACCCAUGUCUAAAGACAUCCCAGAGCAGAAAACAGGAUUCACCCUGACAUAUUUUUGUGUCUGAAGACAUCUUAAGACACAUUUGCUUUGUCUUCAGACAUCCACAUCUUAAGACGGCUUCAGACGUAGUCGUCUGGCAGAUGGUGCAUGAAAAGACGAGUUUUUACUCAUUUAAAGAACACGGUAGUUUACUGUUCGGUAAAAUACUCUCAUGGGGUGUUGGAGAGAACUUCUUAGUUUGAGAGACGAAAGCACACAAAUCUCGGUACUGGUACUGUCCGGCUGCAAACUCUACAUCUACUAACGCCGCACAAAGCUCAACCACUGCAAGAGAUCAGAUGGUAGAAAGAGCUUCACACCUGCACAGAAACUGUAUGUUGUGGACUUUCCAACUGAAGCAUGUCCCCAAAAAACUGGAUUUGUCUAACAUACCAGUUCCACCUAUACUCCAGAUUUUACAGUAAACCUGCAGACACACACAAAUGUUCUCUGCACAUCCAAAGUCCAGAUUAAGACUGUGAAUGGUUUGGAUUGGAUUGGUGGUCCUCCUGAUCAACUCUGAGGUAAGAAGCACUUAGAUUUUACUUUGGUGACUCCGACUUGAACACUAGAGUCCUAAAACCUGACGUGGACUCAAGGUUCGGUGGCCUGACUGGAUCUACCUCCUUGUUUUGAGGAGAGAGGACCAGAAGUGGAUGAUGGGAGUUUUAUGGGAGAAAAACUCCUUUAAUACAGGACAGGAACGUCAGCAGCUUUAGUGGACGUGUUUGGACAGCAGAGGUUUCCUCUCUCGGUCUACUGACAGAUCAGGCCUGGGGUCGGACCUCUGAAGUGUAAAAUAAGCCAGCUGUUCAGGCUCAUCCUCCCGUCCACUGAGCUCAGAGGCUUUCAGGCUGUUUUUACUCCCAGUCAGAGCUGGAGCUGAAAGACUGAAACUCCAGGAAGAGUCUGAACCUGACCUUCAGCUCGGCACUGGUGGAUCCUUCAGGCUUAGGCAGGCUGAAGGUGGACUCGGAGAAGAUAUUACAGCGCUAACAGAGGAAUGUGAUGACAGGAUGUUGUUUGUUGAAGUGAAGACGUGAACCUGAUGCAGUAAAACCAGAAAUUUGAUGAAAACCAAAAAUCGAUUUCGACCAUCAAAAACUAAAACUUCAUUCGUGUUGAUAUCUUACCAAGUCAGAUACUUUUCAGCAGUAAUUAUCAUUAAAUUAUCAUCAUUGUUCAAAUGUAUCAAACAACAACAACAUUAUAAUGAGAUCAGAAUUAAAUAUCCACGAUCGGCAGAGCUGCUCUCAAUCAAUCGUCCACUAUUUGCGAGUGUAACCUUGUCCACACACACACACAUCACUACAGCUUUUUUCUUUCUCUGUCGACCUUUUGUUUACGGCCAAACUUCCUACAACGCUUCUCAACUUCCUGGCGUGCUAACUCGUGAGCGCGUGCAGAGCGCUAAGGCCAGUUUCAGUCGCACAAAGGCGAUAAAUCCUUUAUUUUGGACGGUCUGUGACUGACAGAGUGUACAAAAGUCAUAAUAAUCAGUUGCAGACAGUGUGAGGGGAUUAACCACGUCCUCUUGGUGUCGUUUAAACGGUUAAAUUGGCGUUCAGACUCCAUGCAUGCAUCAGUAGAUGGAGGAUAUUCGCUUUGACGUUUUCCGUUCAGAUAAAGCCGCCGGAGCAGAGGGUCGUACCAUCUUACAGAAAUAAAAGCUCAGACUGUCCAAAGAUUAACCUGCUGUACCCUUUCCAGUCUGAGUCCUCGGUAUUACUGCAACGCCCCUCGUACCCCCUCGCCCCCCUGGUAUCAGGAGAGGGGCAGGGAAUCGGCUGGUUGUGUCGGGAAGGGGGGCGGGGUCGUCGCGCAUUCUGGCACAGGCUCCAGUUCUCACCCCACCAGCCAGUGGACGUCCCGGCUCUCCCAGGGCUCGGCUAAUCCUCUUAUUCAGCGUCCGGCUGGAGGCAGCGGGGCUCCCACAGACCGGAGCGCCGAGCCGGCCACUCUCCGCUGAAUAAACACACUGACACAGUUGUGGUCUCUUUCUCUCCGUACAGACGCUGAGCAAGAGUUCUCCAUAGAAUCUAUUCUACUCAUUCACUCUUUUCCAGUAGAACUUAAGCAUGUAACCCCCCAACCCCUUCACCAACCCCUUCACAGACCCCUCCGCUUUCUGUGCCCAAUCCCACCCCUCUUCACCGGCUCCAUCACCCUCCCAUCCUCACUUCCUCCUCUGCAUUCGUCCUCCUCCAGAUUUCAGCUGCUGCUCCUCAUUUUACUCCUUCACCGCAAAUCUGAUCAGUGAAAUCUCUCUUUAAAAUGUUUGCUAACGUCAGGAGCUCACAGGCCUUUAAAACGUCGCUCACGGACGAAUGAUUUCAGUCCAAAACAAUCAUGAAGAGCUGGAUAGUGGGGAUGGGCGAUAAGGGCUAAAAAAUUAUCACAAUAAGUUUUAUUCUGGCGAUAACUACAAAAGUCCCGAUGUAAAAUAUUAUGAUUCCAAUCUAUAUUUUUGACUCCUUCUGUCUUGAGAACAUCAGUUGGAGUCGUCAAAUAAGAUCCUUUACCACAUGUUUGAGUUGUAGGUUAUGGAGAAAACGAAUUACAUCAAACAAAUCUCAAAUGUGAAAACAAUUUCGACAUCUGUUGAAAACUCUUAAUACACAGAGUGAACAGCAGCAGAUCCACUGUCCGAUGUCAGGCAGGCCUGAUCGCGCUCAUCUAAACCCCGAUGUUGAAGGAAAUCCCUCAUUUGGAGCCUCGUUCAGUAACGAGCUGCUCAGAAACGUCUUCUUCGUCACCUUCGGCCAUCUUUGUUUGUUAUUCUGCUCUGUGUGGACUACGGCUGCGAGUCUGUCGCUCGCUUUUAUGUCAUCAGCUUGCAUUUAUCGAAUUUAUCAUGAGAUGGCAGAUAUUUAUCAUGGAGGAUUUUUCUGACGAUAUAUUGUGAACAAUAGUUUGUAAUAAUAAUGACAAUAACUUUAUUUGUAUAGCACUUUUAAAAACAGAAAACAGUCAUAGAACACAUGGAAGAAGACAGAUAAAAACCAAAAGCUCAGUUAAAACAGAAUUGAAGGACAUUUUCAUAAGUCAUAAGGAACCCAGACAAUACAAGAACCCGUGCAGCAUGAAGUGAGACCAUGAGGACCAAAAUAAAAACAUAAAACAGUUCAGAAAAAAGAAAUUGCAAUUAAAAGGGGGGUCAAAAGCGGAAACAGGAUUGUAAAUAUAAAAUGCAAUAUCAAUAAUGAUAAUAAAAUAAUAACAGGUAAUACUGAUAAUGAUAGUAAUGAUAAAAUAGAGCAACAGAAAUGAGGGAGAGGUCAAACAAUAAAAGGUCUAAAAGGUUAAUUAAGAAAAGAGUACAAGUAUAACAAAAGCUAAAAAAGACAGUAAAGCCGAUUUAUCGCCCAUCCCUACUGAAUAGGUUUUAGUGGCGUAAAAAGGAAUCGAAAAGGGAUAUCAGACAUUUUUAAGCUGACAGAAAAACUUUUGGAAAAAAGAAGUUUAAAAAAUCAAUCAAAGUCGAGCAGAUCGGGUCAAUUUGUCCUUCAUCAUUCGACUUGGCAAGUCUCUCACUGGUCGAACCCAAGCGGUUCGAUUAGAAGGUGCUAAAGGCACAAGGGGGUACCACAAGGAUCAGUUCUGGGCCCGCUACUAUUUGAAUUGCUUAAUUCAAUUGCUGCUUAUUAUUUAGGAAAUAGCUGAUUUUCUUAACUCAGACACUUUUUUCCGUCCCUGUGUUUGAUUUUUUUUUUGGUGAAAAUAAUCCCGUAGCCUUCAGGAGCUCGCUGUUUUAUUCAUGUGUUUGCAGUUUGACCGUGUCCUUUCUGACACGGGUACUUGGUGACACUCAGCAGGUGUUUUCUUUGUAGUCAGCGACACAAAAGGUUCCCAGUCCCGCUCAUGUGUCAGGUUUUGUGUCAUGAGGCCGGUGUGGUCUGUAACGGAAACCUGCAGCGUUUGAUGUGUGUGUACGUCAGGAGUGAUGUCUGUCCUGCGGCACAGAGAGGAUCAGACGCGCGGCGAGGAAGUGAUGGAUUGAAAGUGAUGCAGCAGAUGCUCACAGUGACUGGUGCCAUUUAACAGCACAGCAACAGUAAAACAUGCCGACACACAUUUUUGAUGGAAUUUGGUUCAUAAAAUCGUGAAUUUGAAGGGAAACAAAGUGGAAGUCUAGUCCAGUUUCAGCUGCUUCUGUUCAGAUUCCAAACUCACGGCUGUGUCACUCACUGGUGUACUGCACUUCAGUCUGGUUUCUCAGCAGGACUCUUCUUCUACAGAGCCAUGCUGUUGGAAUUCCUGUUGUCAGAAUGUGGUCUGGGAUCUUAUAAAGGUCUUCCCUGAAAAAAGUCAGUGUCUGGAUAGCAGCAGAUGUUGCUCCUAAACCUUUAAAACUAAGGAUGCAGCAUCUAUGAUUUCCAGUUCUUUGUUAAAAGGACAACUGGACUUACAGCGAAACGUCUCAAGUAAGUCCAGUUGUCCUUUCCAUGCAGUGAUGUCUGGAUGGCAGCAGAUGUUUCUCUUUAACCUGGAGAUAUUGUUCAGCACUAAUGGACCCUUGACAGAUGAUGUGGUCUCCGAUGAUCCCCAGACCAUCAGGGAUUCUGGAUUUGGAUUUGGAGCUGAUGUUUGGUUGUAAAGUUUGAAAUUCAACCUCAAUAGUUAAUUUCUUUUUUUCUAGCAACUUUUCCAGAGCUCUGGUGUCCCUGGACCAACUUUUUUUAGAUGUGUUCAUGCCAUCAAAUCUAUUUUUUUUUUAUGAAAUCGUAGUUUGUUUGGUUUUAACAUUUCAUAUACAGUCCUAAAUCGCCCAGUUUCUUUUAAAACCGGGCUACAUUGGAAAUAUUAGGUGUCAGACCCUCAAUCAAGACUCUGUUUAUAUUGUCACUUUUCAUACCUGUGAAAACUCUGGUAUUACCCCCCACACACACACACACACACCCACACACACAGAUGCAGCAGUAAUGGAGUCUUGUUGAUGUGGCGUCCAGAGAGGCGACAGGUGUUUCGUGUCAGAGCCGCUGUCUGUUUACUUUGUCUGGUUUCCAUUUCCACCCCGACUCAGACAAGAGCACACGGCGUCCCAUCGAUCCUGACCCACCUGACUGUACUGAGGUCAGAGAGAGAGAGAGGCGAGGAGGGGGAGGAUGGGAGUGAAGAGGUUUCAGUCAAAUGAGCCGGACUGUCCGUCAACACAAUGGACUGACUCCUCCGGUCUAACAGCAGCGACGCCCGUCUGUUUUCCACCGUUAUCAGAGUCCAGCCUGCAGUUGAGCUUUUACUGAUAGUUCACAAAGUUUUAGAGUCAAUAUGAUUGAUUUCUCAUCAAGUUAACGAUUGUGUCUGAGACUCUCUAUCAGGGCUGCAAAUAAAAUCCUGAUUUUUGUCUCUGAAAACUUUUUUUUAUUCAGUGACAACUUCACCAAACUUCACUUUCAAAUUAAAAAGGUUUUCCGGUCUGAUGCUGUUCAGUCUCUUGGGUGUAAAAUUUGCAGAAGUUCAAGGUUGUUGAAGUUAUCUCCAAUUAUAUCAUUUUUUUAAUUAACCUGAACAAUAAGGGACUAAAUAAUGAAUAGAAAUGUUCCAACAGAGCUGAAGGACAGACAGACAGACAGACAGGAGACGAUAAUGACUCAGGGACGUCCUCACUCAGCUCACUGCAGAGGAAGUUAAACCUGCUUCUUGUUACUUGAACUUCUCACCCCUGACCUCGUAAACUAAAGGUCGUGACCCUGCCACAGAGUGGGUGUCGGAGGAUGAUGCUUUAAGUGAAAGCAGCAGAGCAAGGCUACUGCAAGGAAACAUCAGGACAAAGACAAACGACCUCACUUCAUCCCGCCGCUCUUCUUUAUCGCUGCUUUCUGAAGGAAACAAGCUGUGGCUGUAGGUCAGCUGGAAAGCUGGAAUGCGUUGCUGUAAAUCUUAUUCAUUCUCCAUGUAUGGUCGUGCAAUGAUUCAUGGGAAAGCGGCAGGGAGCAAGUUUGUGCCUCAUCAGGAGGUUUAGUUCCACCUUGGUGCUCCGUUGGUCCUCUUUUCCUCAGGAAUACGAGUUCAGGGUCUUCUCUGCUGGACUUGAGUCGUGUUUCUGCAUCUCUUCUUUAGAUUCAGGGAUUAAACUUUCUACACUCUGACUGAAAUAAAAUGGGUGACCAGGUCCUCCUGUCGGGAUCCAGCAGAGCAGAAAAAGACCCGAUCUGCAGAAACUUUUCCCUGAGCUGAGUCUCACAGGCUGAUCUAGUGUAACUUUUCCACAAACACCAUCAUCACUUUCUGAAAUCAUCUUCAAUCUAAAUAAUCAAUGUAAUCUUUUCUUUAGUCUUUAACAAGUAGGAUUGAAAUAUUUGUAUGUUUGUUUGUUUGUUUGGGCUUUUUGCACUUAAUGCAGUUUUGGGAUGUGAGCUAAAUAAAUGUAGACAGUAUGUAGAUGUAGAUGUAGAUGUAGAUGUAUGGAAUCUAGAUGAGUUUAGGCUCACACCUUCAUCAAAACUUCUGGUAUCAGAUCGGAUAUUGUAGAUAAACGUUAAUACCAUGUUUUUGCACUGGGUGGCGCUAUAACCAUAGUUGAGAAUAGGGGUAUCCCAAUAUAACUUUUUUACCUCAAAUUCUUUACCGAUAUUGUAGCUUUCUGUAUUGGCCAAUUCCGAUAUUGAUCCAAUAUUGACACAAACUUGUGACAAGUUUUGCACUCAGCUGCAACAUCUUUUUUAUAUCGGACAGAUAUCCGAUAUCAGUAUCAGAUGUGGAACAUCCCUAGUUGAGCAGUAAGCAUAUUGAAGUGUUCAGGGGUGGACCUUGAUCGUGUGAAUGAAAUAUGAAAGAUCUGAUAGGAAUUGGUGUACAGCAAUUCAGCUCGGAUCGGAGCCGUUUCAGAUGCAGUGGAAAUCCCGGUUUAGGCAGAAGGAAGAAUGAAAGACAGGAAGAAAGAGAGGGAGGAAGAUUUCUCGGGGUCUCUCGGUUUUGCACUUGAACUGUCAUUUUUGGUGAAACUUACACGUCUCACACGGUCAAUCAGGAAGGAAACCUUUAAUUUUGAAGUCCUUCCAUCUGCCUCCUCUGCAGGAAUUCAGUUUCCUGAACUUUUAAACCCACCCCACAGGAAGAUUUAAUCCAAUCUGCUCCAAACUUUCAAAGUGAUCUCCUCUUUACUCAUAAACACUUAAUCUAAUGCUGCUACUCUGGGUUUAAAGCGGUGAGAUUAAUGAAAACUGCAGCUCUAAUGAGGACGUUACUUCCUGUAUGAAGGUCUUCAUUCUGAGGAGUCGGACUGAAGAUGCUUCUCUGCAGGCGACGUCUUCCCUCUGCAGAUUGGGGAAACCUGUAAUCCUGGAUUAGACGGCUAUCAUCCAGAUCUCAGAGGGGAUACACGCCACACAGCAGGAGAGCUCAUCCCCUAAUUUACUGCAGACUAGAACUAAACGGACUGAAAACAGGACAGGUCAGGAAAUUUAAUUUGAAAAAGAGGCACAGGGGCGUUCAGGGGGAUUUUUUUUGUUGAGGGGUCUGAAGUUUCUCGCACUGAAUGAAUGUCAGUUAGUGUUUUGGUGCAAAUGAGUACAGUUUUUGUUGCUGCUGCUGUGUUUGUAAACUUGAUUUCAGGACACGGUUUUAGGGAUUUGCAUUAGUGAAGAAAAACAUGAUAAGGUUAUGAGGUCUGGCUCGGCAACGACAUUUUAGUAGAACAGCACCAGACUCAGAUUUCCUCAGCUGAACCUUGUUUCAUCCAAAGUUUCCCAUAAUCCCUCAGAUGGACAUUAAAAUGUACAGCUGUCAUCUCUCUGGAUGUCUCAGGUCACACCGUUUUUUAACCAUGACAUUGGAUGGAAGUUGAUUAGCUUAAAACAAGCAGCAGCUCAGCCUGCAGCCCCCAAAAUGGACAAAUCCAUUUGAACUGUUUACUUUUUAGUUAUUUAUCACUUUUGAUCACAGCUUUAAAUCACCUCAGGUGUGUUAUUUUGAGAGGGAUGGAACCUCUGAGGAGGAUUCAGCUUCUUCUCGCGGUAGCUCACCUUACAGCCCCCUCCGAGGUCUUGUGUUUGCCCGUAAAAAACCCCACAAAAGAUUAAUUUGGCACCUCGGUGUUUGAAAAUCAGGUGCAUUGAAGUUUUAACCCUACACCUAAUUAAAAAAACCUUUGAACAAUAAUUAGUUAAAGACACACAACACGAAAAGCAAGCCUCAAGGAUAGUAGCAUGUCACAGAAUAAAAAUACAACCAACAGACCUGCAGCAGCUCACCUGGCAGCCCCUCGUUAGAUCUGGGUUUGAGUAUGAACACAGUUUAAGAAUCAUACUUUUAAAAACAACAGACUUGAAAAAAAUGUUCUCAGAAAUUUAAACCAAGAAGCAUUAGAAGCAGCUCACCUCACAGCCCCCUGAAUCUUGCCAAAACAGUGACUGAAGUAUUGAUUCUGACCUGGAUAGUGACCUGAAAAACACAUCCAUGAGGGUACAAACUUGAAAGAAACCUUCAAGUUGGAGAAUUACAAAAAGAUCAAAUUUACGAAACAGGGUUCAAGCGCUGACUAACAAGCUUGCAGCAGCUCACCUCGCAGCCCUUCCUUCCAUGCAGUGUUUGCAUUAUUUUGUUAAUUCUGCACCUGGUAAAAAUCCCUUUGAGCAUGAUCAAGUUUGAUAAACAACUUCAAAAGAAAACCUCAGGGAUUGGACAGUAUCAGGAAUCAAAAAAAUUUGCAUAAAAGUUUGAACUAAUUUUAUGCACUACCAACAGGCCUGUGGCAGCUCACCCUGCAGCCCCUCCUGAACUCUGUCCCUGCCAAAAACAGAAGGUAUUGAAGUGCUGAUUCUGCCCCCAGUGCUAACCCUGCAAACACAACCUUGAAAGAGGAGACACCUGAAAGUUAGAACAUUUUCAGAACAAGUUUUGAAUUAUAUUAAACAGGAUCCAAGCACCUACAAGCAAGCUCGCAGCAGUUCACCUCACAGACCCUCCAGAAACCGUACACCUGCCAAAAAACAGCUUUGAGGUGUUGAUCCUACUCCUGAGAAAAUCCCUGUGAGCAUAACACAGCAGAAAAGUUAAAACUUCAAAAACAAGCUCGAAGGAUUGGAGCAUACACAAAUUCAAGAACCCUCAAACAGGGCGGUGGCAGCUCACCUCACAGCCCCUCCCUCCAUCCAGUGCUCGCCAAAGCAUGGUGUGUUUAAAACCUUUGAAUAUGAACCAGGAAAAUUUUUAAAGAUGAGGAAAAAAUUUAAAAAUUGUACAUAAACUUAAUUUUUUUUUUUAAAUUUAUGACAAGAUUUACUUCUUUAGAAACAAGCUAGCAGAAGCUCAGCUGGCAGCCCCUGACUCCUAGCACAGUCAAAAGAAGGAAUGCUCAAAUUUUUGAAUAUAAACCAGUACAAAUUUUAAAGAUAAGGAAAAAAAUUUAAAAAUUGAACAACAUAAAUUGUAAAAUUUUUGUAAAAUUUAUUAGGAUUUACUUCUUUAGAAACAAGCUAGCAGCAGCUCAGCCGGCAGCCCCUCCUGACUCCCAUCACAGUCAAAAGAAGGAAGUGAAGUGUUCAAACUUGUGACUUAAAAUUCAAUAAAGUAUUUUAACAGUGUAAGGCAUAGAUAUACUAGACUUUAAAACAAGAUUGCCACAGCUCAGUGCGCAGCCCCUCAGAAAUUCUUAACUGGAGUGUUAAAAUGUUGUAAAUAUCUUAGUUGGACAAGUUUCUGGUACUUACUACCUGAAUGUUUCCUAGACCUGCAGCUUUUUCUGUGUAGUGACCAUCCUCUUACAGAGUACCUGAGUGUUCCUGCUCUCUACAACAUGGAGUUACAUUUGAUCAUGAACCAUCUUAGCCCAGUUCGUCUUUCAGCACCAAUUCUCCAGCUCCUGAAAACUCAAGGAUGUAUGUGCACAAACUUGAAGCCGUCUCUGUUGUAGUAAAACGUUUCUCCAUGUUUUUGCCCUCGAGGUAAUUCCAUCAAUAAAUUCCCAACAUUUUUCUGACUGCUUGUAAACGCACACCUCAUCACGUCACUUUAUUUCCUCUUUGUGUCACAUGACCUCUGCACUCCGUCUUCCAGUUGGGCCCUCGGCGCUCUGUUAUGGUAAUGAGGUGUCGCUUUCUAACGGCUCCUUGGGGCGUCGACUUGACUUCAUUAACGUGACAGAUGCGGCGCAGACGCUCGGGUUAAUGAUGUCACCUCCUGACAUCACAGCGCAGGAAAUCAUUACAUACAUGACUGAGAAGCAGAUCGACAGAGAGGGUCGAGAGUAUGAAGCGAGUCCAGGGGAAAAAUUAACCUCUUUGUGUCUCAGAGUUUGGGCUAAUUUGUCCCUGCAGUGUUCUUGUUUGAUUUUUAGCCAAAAUACACAAACAGAAACAAAAAUUUGCACCGACGUGUUUGUUAGAUCUGCAUUGGGACAUGUAGAGUUUGUUUUGGGGUCUAGUUUUGAGCAUUGGAAGAGUUCUGUUUGUGGAAGUAUUAACCAAUCAGGCAGGAAGAUGGUUGAUGGAGAGCAAAAGCAGGAAAAAUGACACCCUGACUCCCAUCGGUGGUAAUCUACUUAUCUAGCUGGGCUUUAAUUAUAAUGAUAAUGAUACAUUUUAUUUAUAACAUAUUUUUACAGGUGCUCAAAGACGCUUUUACAAAGAAAAAAAACACAAUUUAAAAUACAGUAAAAUUUGAGGAAUAACACCAACAAUGUAAAAGGUUAAAAAAGACACAAUAAGAAAAUAAAAGAACAGUUCACAGGUUAAAAACCAAUUUAAAAAGUGGAUUUUUAGGAGUGAUUUGAAAGUAUGGGGGGCUUUACUUUAAAUCUGAAUGAAUUCCCAAGUCACUGGUUGGACUGUAAAUAAUGCAGCUUGUGGAAAAGGAGGUCUUGUUUUCUAAAAUUUAACUAUUUUUUUGGGAAAUCAUGGACACCAAUUCCUAAACUCAAAACCAUUAUCGCUCCCUAAUGCUACAUUUUCACUUGGACUUGUUGAGAGUGAAGGUCAAAAGGUCGGAGCUCCAAAUGUUUAGAAGUGAAAGAAUCAAAGGUUAGUCAGAUUUAUGUCAUCAGUUAGCAGCUGCUGAGAUUUAAAGAAAACAAACCAGAGAGAGAAAACUCAAACAGACCAGGUGACUUUUCUGGUUGUGCGUGAGUCACCGACGCGCUGCAGCUUUGUUUAGUGCCGUUUCACCGGAACUCGAAGCCUGUGGCGGUUUACUGGAUAUCUGAAAGUAUGUGUUUGUAUUUGUGGUUUAGUUUGGCAGACGCCCAGUGAAACCUUUGCAGUGACUCAGUGUGAAGAAAGACAUCAAAAUAAAGAAUCAAAGCAGUAGUAGCGCACGCGACGAGCCAAUGAAUCUGUCGGCUGAGGAAUUUAGAGGGACAUUAGAGUCACUAUAAUCAUUUCAGCUGAACUUUUUACAACUUUAAACUAGAGCAAACUCUAAACUUUGGAGUUCAUUAAAAGUUUUAUAGUCUAUAAAACGAUGCAACCUACCUACUUUUAAGACAUUAAGAUAUUAAAGACCGUUUUUUAAUUGGCUAAACAUGAAAUUUAUUUGUCACGUAGAAGAAUAUGUCAAUUUUUUGCACGUUGGAAUCAUAAGGAAGAAUGAUGUUGAUGAUGUUUUUUAAGCGGUGUCAAUAAUAUUAUGGGACGUAAAUACAAAUAAAUGUGAGCCUGUUUGAGGUUUUAUAUCAAUCAAAUGGUUUAUUAAUCCUCCUUCAAGCAAAGAAAAGAUAUAUAAUAGAGGAUUUCUGGGAAGUAAUGACAAAUAAAACAUGAGUAUUAACAGCUGUGGUGUCAUUUUUACAUUUUUAAGUGACCGCUCUUUUCUUUUCUGUCUUUCAGUUGAUGGAUACGCGUACAGAAAUCAGCGCAAAUUCUCAGAGGACAUCGACUGGUCGUACGCAGGUGAGUCACACAAGCCUUAUAUCGUCUUUGAGAGCAGAAAUGUUCUUAUGAAUGCAGAAUCUGAAGAAAUGUAACAUGGUUUUAGAUUUUGGAAAUGUUCUGGUUUCCAUUUGUAGUCUGAGUCGUAUCAUCUGUUGGCAUUUUAAAGAGCGUUGGCUGGAAAACUGUCCAUUUGGUGGGUGUAAAAGGCAGUAAAUUCAGUGGCUGUGUUGUCUUGAUCCCUUUGGCAGACAUAGGAAGAGUAUUUGGCUUCUGUUAAAACAAGAGGUGCUCCUGCAAGUGUAGCUGAUAAUCUGCUGUUGGACAGUGUUUCUAUAAAAUCAUCCUUGUUCCUCAAGCUUGUAGGGAAACUGUGAACAAAGACAACACAAAAACAGUCAGACCUGUGCAGACAACAAUCAGAGGGCUCCUCGACAGUUUACGUAACAAUUAUGGGUCAUAUGGGAAAGUCACGUCAAAGCACAGGCUCACACGUGCUCCUCAUGAGGUUCACUUGGGCGUUUACACGACUGGACUGACACCCUGUCCAUCAUUACGACCGGGGAAGUGUCAGGGACAUAAAGGCUCUGUGUUUAUCUAACAGCUUUUCUGAGUCCUGUUUGUUUAUUUUGUUGAAACACGAGCGAUUAGCAGGAAUUAGGAAGAAGAAAAGGUUGCUGCCGGGCAAAUAAGGAAUGUCGUCCUUCGGUAUGAUCGUCAUUUUACGCUUUUACACGUGAACUCAGGUGACAUUUAUCAAACGCUUCUGUCCUCUCUGAUGUACACCUGAAAGAAACUGUUGUUAGUUUUGCAUCAAUGCGAUAUAAUUGCGCAGAGAUAAAGCUGAUGCAGUUCCCUGAGUGUCCACUUGAGGCUGUCUGCAGAGGCACCGGAAACCACACACACACACACUCAAAAAGCCUGUUUGUAGAGUAAAAAUAAACAUGUUUACAGUCUGGAUCAAAAAACGAGUCUGAUACGCUCAGAGCUCUAUGGGGAGGCACAUUUUGUUACACCUUUGAUUUGAAGUUAUUAAGGGUUCAAGAUUUGCUGAAUAGCUAAUAAUGUUUUUAUCUAUUAAUAAAAAUUCACUAAUGUGCUUAUAAUGCAUUAAAAUUUAUGUAAAUUAUUACCCUUUUGCACAGAGUUUUUACUAAAUGAGCAAACAGGUUAAAAAAGUCCAAACAAAGUCAGGUUGGAUGGGUUAAGCUGUGUUUAUCCUCAGAUGCAUUUGUGUGUUUUUUAAAUAUCCUGUUUCAUUAAUCAUCAAUUAUCUUAAAAAAGGAAACUUAUGAGUCUAAGCUGCUGCUGUAAGGUCGGGUAUGUUUACAGCGUGUGUUUGUGUUUGUGUGUGUGUGAGCUCUAUUGACAUGCUAAUAACCAUCCUGACCCAGAAGUCUGUCUGACCUGGUUGGGCCAUUUUGUGCUCUAGAAAGAGGAAGCGCUAACAGCCAAUCAAAGCGAGGUGACAUACCAGCUGACAAACACAACACCAGCUGGCAGGAAAAAAAACACAUAAUUAGCUCAGAAGUGAGAAAAAACUGAACACAUAUGUAAGAUUACAGUUCGUUAAAAAUGAACAUCUGGAGGGUUUACAGCAGAAAAAAGUCUGAUAAUGAAGUGAGGAAAUAUCUGAAUACACAGAUUUCUGACUGUUCAUCAGAUUUUUCUUCUUAAGCAUCAAAAACUGUUUCUGUGGGAGAAAAAAGUUCAACUCAAAAAUGUCAGUUUUAUUCAGAUAAUGUUGUUUUAAAGAUACUGACUAAGAACAAGUUCAUUGGAAAGAAAUGAAGACAGAGAGCAGAAUAAUAUACAAUCAUUUCAAAACUGGAAAUACGAGCAGGUCUAAAGAUGAAAAACUGGUCUGAAAGAGUUUUAAAGAAGCAGCUCCUGUUGUCUCCUCCAAGACUCAGUGGUUAUAAAACAUGUUUGGAGAAAAGUACAAUUAUCAGGAUGUUUGUUAGCACCUUAAUGAUUUAGUAGCUGCAGUUUCAAUUUUUGGUGUUUCACUUUAUGACGUAAGAAACUGAAAACGCACACAAUAUGAUAUGGUUCUAUAAAAUACGAACAAACAAUAAAACCAAAACAAUACAAUAAAAACAUAACAAUGCAACGUGAUAAUUACAAUAAAAAUUAUACCAUACCAUUAGAUACAAAUAAUAUGACUCAAUGUGAUAUGAUGCAAUACCUUGAAGUACUAUACAAACAAUACACAACGAAGUAAUAGUUUAUGAAAAUAUAUAAUACAAUACAGAUGAUAUAGUAGGAUACUAUGAUAGGAUAUUAAUGGUAUGAUACUGUACAAUACAAACAAUACAAUACAAUGUGAUACUAUAUGAUGAUAUAUGAUGUAAUAGAAUUCAAUAUGUUACGAUACAAAUUACAAGAUUUGAUAUAAUCUGAUACAAAACAAACUGAAUGAAAUGAUAUUAAAGAUGGUCUGUGAUACGAUAAUACGAAGACGACAAAUGACGCAAUAGGAUACAAAAAAUAUGAUUCAAUGCAACAUGAAACAAUAUAAUACAGUUUAAUAUGAUGUGAUACAAGUGAUACAAUAUGAUGAGAUAUGAUACAAUAAUAAUGCUAAAAUUGUAUACAUUAUGAUACAAAUGACACAAUACAUCAAGAUAUGAUAUGAUAUUAUUAUAUGAUAUGACACAAUAUGACAUUAUACAGUGUGAUUCAAUACAGUAAAUGCAAUUCUAAUCAAGUUAUAUGUAAUAUAACAAGAUAUGAUACAAUUCAAUAAAAUACAGUUUGUCUUGAUACGGUAAAAUAAUACUCUACUAAUACUGUAAUAUAAUACAAACAGUCAAGAUGGGAAACUGUACCACACAGCAACAAUUAAAAAAACCAAAACAAAACAACAUGAUACAAUAUUACACCGUGAAAAAGACCCCAUGGUACAAAAUAGUGGGAAACAGAACAAUACCACAAAUAUAAGGAGCCUGAAAAAGGUCCAGCUAAAUGAUUUGAUUUGACACAAUAUGUAGAUUUAUCUGAUCUGAGCUGUGCUGUGUUGGUUGUAUCGUGGGCCAGGCUGACAUGAAAGUCUGCAGAUGUUUUACUGGACGGGUGUUUUCUGUUUGUGCUUCUUUACUCAUCUACAGUGUUUUGCCUAUACAUCCUUUAAUAUUGAUCUUUUUGAGGAUCAGUUGGUGGUACAUACAUCCAAUGAACAUCUGUGACCUGAGUUUAGUUAAACCCAUCGUCUUGCUUCGCCAACAAGUACGUCCUGUCGCAGUGUUGUGGUAACAUGUCAAGAGGAAAAAUAUCAUCAGCCUUUUGUUUUAGUGGCUUUUAAAGGACUUUGGUUAAGAUGAAAGAGUCUGAUGUGAACACGUCUUCGUCAGUCCGUCACUUUGGACUGUUUCUGUUCAGCGUUGACGUCCAGCUGCUGAGAUGAAUCAAACAUUUAAGUGCAGUUUUCAGUCUGUGUUUGGUCUCCUUAAUGUGACUCUGUCACUCUCAGAGAUGUGGUCGUUUCCUGAAUAAAGACCCUAACUCUGAGCAGAUGUUAACACACCGUACUUUAAUGGUCUAACACACUGCUGGAUAUAUGAGGAGCGCUCUGAUCGUUUCAAACCUCACAUGCUGCUCAGAUUAUUCUUACAAUAAAAGCGACUCAAAGCCUGAGGCUGUAGAUCAGUUUGACAUGAAUAUGAGCUGCUGGAUUAAAUCUGUCCAAACCCAAAAUGCUCUCUUAGUGAGAAAUCACUUGUUUUACUCUUUCCAUACAGUAAUAAUGUGAUCCAUCAUGUCUGCCUGCUCUUUGUGUUUGAGGAAACCUGACGCUGAACUCUUUGUUGUUGACUGAACGCUGCAGGUUGUUUGAGAAAGGCCUGAAAAAUGUCGAACUUUGACCCCCAGAGAGCUGUAAGAGAGAAAAAUGUGAGCAGAUAUUACUGUUAAAGCCAGAGCGUAUAAGAGAACAGCUGGAGGCUAUUAGCUUAUUAGCCCAUUAGCUUCUCUCUCAGGGUGCACCUGUAGGGGGUCGUUGUGUAAUUGAUUCAAGGGAGAGGUCUGCACUUUGUCAGAUUGUCAAAAUAAUGGGAGGAAAAAGCCGUCAACAGCUGCACGGUGAGAUGUUUGAAUUUUUGAAACAAGCCAUCUGAUUGGACGGAAUACUUGUUUACAUCCCAAUCAAGGCAACGGCUGAAGUUCCGUGUGAUGUUCUCCAUGAUACUAUUGCUAGGAUGAGGAAGGUGGAGGCCAUUCUAGAAAACAUGGAUCAUGCUCUUUAUAACACCGUGAUGGACCAAAAUGGAAAUACCUGAAACUUUCACCCUGGAUGUAUCUCAUUAGUUACCUUUGAGACCUUGUCCCUCAUGGCGGUUACUCACCUGGACGGCGGUCAAAGUUGCAGAUAUGUGUCAUGUAAUUGUAGGAAACAAUCUCAGGUCGGUCCACGCUGUUGGAGGAAAAAAACAUAAUUACUCCUUAUUUAAGUCGACACUUUAAGAGCUGUGUGAGUGUGGGAAUUUAGAGACCCAGAAAAAAGGUCAGAGAUUGUGAAAGAUGUAGAAAAAACUUGUUCAACUUUGGCUUCAGAGUUCAGCUUAUUAACAAUGAAUGUCAUCUGUUUAACUGUGAACUGUGUGAGUAUGUUUCCAGAGUUAUUUAAAGUGGCCAAAGAGUUAACAGGUUUUUAUUUACAAUUCAAUCCCGUCAGGCAGUUUAAAGACGCUUGUCAAAAGUUUGUCUUUGUGGUGAGUUCAGGUGGUUUUAGAGACUCUUAACUGAUGCUGUAUCCAAGUAAAACCUCUAUUUGAAAGUAAAAAUGAUUUCACAAAAACUGUUAUGUCUAUAAUUCUUGAUAAUUCUUGUUGUUUUUGGAAGAUGAUGCCACAUGAUGGGUUUUUUUUCCUGUGUGACUUUCAGGAACAUUAAAUCAAGACAACUGGGCCAAAAAGUACCCGUCCUGCAGCAACGCCAAGCAGUCUCCCAUCAACAUCGAGGAGAACCUGGCUCAGGUGAAGCUUCAGUACCAGAAGCUGAACUUUGACGGCUGGGAGAGCCUGACGGGCGACAGGACGACCAUCAAGAACGAUGGAAAGACGGGUGAGCCUAACGUGAUUGUUGUUGAUGAGUGAAGAGGCUGAAACAACCUUUUUUUUUUACGUUUACAUGUCAGAAUGAAAAGGGUAAAGAAUUAAGUUGUGAGAAACGGUAUUAGAAUUAAACCAAACCAACUCAUUCAGCGAAUAUGUCCAAACUUGUUUGGUUUGCUGCUAAAGAUGGCUGCAGUGCCUUAAACUGAGUAACAAAAAUAUGAAAACAAAAAGUCUCUGUGAACUUACUGUGACUUUAAGAUAUGAAGGCUAAACAAGUGAGCAAAAUAACACAAGAGCUUUGAGACAAGACUUGACAAAUGUCAUGUACCAGUCAGACGAGAAAAUAAGUCUUUUCUGCUACAUGAACUUACAUCUUAUCUUUACUGAACCCUAAAUCUGUCAGCGACCACGUAAGAAACCAGUCGUAGGCCCAAUCCCAACUGUCACUCCUUCCCCUCCCCCUUCGUCUUACCUCUUUAUUUACAUCUUUCCCUUGGUCCGAAACACGCCCCUAAGAAACAUGACACCACUUCACCGCUUCAUCAUCAUGCCAUGCGACGAUUCCAGUAAACGAGUCAAAAAGCCACAGAUGCCUACUUUUAUAACGUUUAGCUGUUGUUAGUCGUUAUUAGCUAUUGUUAGCAAUACAAGUCGAAAACGACACUUCACACAGUAUUUUACUCAAACAAGAGCGUAUGUAGAAGCUCCUGAUGUAGCUUCUAUGUUAGAGGUUACUAGCAUACUGAUUGUAUCUUAGCUGUCGAAUCGUUCAUGAGACGCAGGACAUCGUAGUAAAGUCUCACAUCAGUUUAACUAUCUAUAGCCAUAGCUUUGUUAGCUUGCUCGUCAGAAUGCGUGAUUUGAAAACGCGAACUAUUCAAAACAUCGCUAAUAUUUACAAAAAGUAGCAAAGGAUUCAGUAUCUGAUAAAAACAUGAGCGUCAUGACUCAUCACAAUCUUACCCAUUGGUUUCAAGUGACGUCCCGGUUCGUCUUCAUUUCAAGCGCUGCGUACCCCUUACCCUUAACCCUUCACCUUAACCUUACGGAGAAUUGGGACACCCCAUCUAAUGGGUGAAACUGGGAUUGGCCCUUCACUUUUGUUGUAUUGAAUCAAUAACAAAGCACCGGUCCGGGGCUUCCACUGUUUUUUCGCCAUCUUUGACCCACCCGAGGUUCCUCCCUGAUAGAUAACGGGGCGAUAAGUUCUUUCUCAUACCCCGGUGUCCUAUUUUACAGGAUACAGUUACCAGUUUCUCAUCUGACAGCAUGGAGAGUCUUUUAUAUAUUUCCUCUCUCUAAGUGGAGUGAAACACAAUAACCUGCAGUGUGCAUUCAAGCUAAUUGUUAAGUGAAAUUGUAGACAAGAGGGAUCCCGCCUCGCCUUUCAAAAAAGCUGGGUCCAGUGCUUCUUAGCAACAGGACUCUCAGCGAAAUAAGAAGCACUCUGUUGUGGUUGUUGUUCGUUCGCCAGCUGCACCAAAGGCUUUCAUUAAUGGAGAUGUUUGGUGGACACGAUUCAGGCCAACAGCACUUAAACCUGUUUUUAUCAGCCCACCAAUGGACCCAGUGUGGGUUCAAGGCACAGACCUCCAUCAGUACACUCUCUUUGAGCGCCCAGGCCCGUCAGGAGAGUCCUCAUCCUCAAAUGAGAGCAAAAGAGGCGAUGGAUGGAGCGUAUGGAUCGAUUCACGCCUCAAUACAAGCAAACAGACUUUCAACAGCAGAGAAUAAACGACAAGAUGAGUCAAUAUUUGCCUUCCCUCCAGGGGGAAAUUAGAUUUUGUACAGAGGAUUACAGAAACCACGAAACAUCACGAGCCUCACAAAGACCACAAAAGACAAAAAAAGACAUGAAUCGGGCCAAACGUGAAGACAGAGAAAGGUAGAAGGAACAAAACCCUUCAGAAUCAAACAAAGAGCCUCAAGUGUUGAAAGCCUGAGUGGAUGUUUUCACAAAGACUGAUAUUUGUCAGCGCCUCUGAUGGAAAAAAAAGGUUUCAUCCGUACAACGAACCAAGACAACAGUCAGUUUUAAAGUGAAGAGUAAAACAGAGGAGAUAAAGGAGCCGUCUAAAGCUCCACCCUCCUACGACCAUCAAAGAGCGUUUGGGUCCUCCAGGGACCUUUUUGUUAUUUCAAACAAAGACAGACGUGAAGAUGACCCCUCAGUGAUUUCAUCAUCGUCUGAGGGUCCAUUUAAGCUGUUGGUAAUGUAAAGGCUGUUAUCUUUUGAUCUUUAUGUCUGUCAUCCAUUAUAAUAAUGAGCUGUCGGGCUGUACUGUGGUCCAGACUGUGAAGGAGAGGUUUCAGACUGAGACCGGCUCAGGAGACUCGCCUCAGAGUUUCAGUACGACAGGAAAUCAACAAACUCCGAGAAGUUAACCGUUUUAUUUCUUCAUGUAUUACUCGACUUAAACAAACGUGCAAACAUCAGUCUGUCAUCACUCUUUCUUAUAAUCUUUGAGUGUCUAUCAUACAGUUUUUCACGCUUGAGAUUAUCGUCCUUUUAGUGUUCAUGCUAAGAUAGUGAGUAAUAAUUACAAAUAAUGAGUUAAAAAGUUAUAAUUAAGAGAUAAACAGUAUAAAUUAUAAGUAAGUUAUCAUUUUUAAUCUCUUAAAUCUCACUUUCAUAUUUUAAAUUUGGACUUUUGAUUCUGUAAAUUUGACUUUCAAACAUAAAUUUUUUUUUCAUCUCAUAAGUUUGACUUUUUCAGUAACGUUUGCUUCUUUCCUAAUAUUUAGAUUGUUUAUCUUCAGGUCUAGUUCUAGUUCUAAUAACACGAUUUAACGAAUUUGGCAGUAAAUGAAAAAAAUUAACGUAUACAUUUUUCAGCAUAAAUCCUGUUGGAUAAUGAUCCUCAUGCUUAUAUUCACUUGUGUUUGUUUCCUUGUUUUUAGUGGCGGUUGAUGUGGAUGGCGAGUUCUACAUCAGCGGAGGAGGUCUGAGGUCAAAGUUCAAAGUCGGGCGCAUCACCUUCCACUGGGGGCGCUGUAACGCCUCGUCGGAGGGCUCUGAACACAGUCUGGAUGGAGUCAAAUACCCGCUGGAGGUGACAAGAAACAUUUAAGACUCACUCCUCAGAUCUCGGCGCCUGACCCAGACUCAGCUUCACCGCCAUGUUUCCGUUUCCUCCCACAGAUGCAGAUCUACUGCUACGAGGCCGAUCGCUUCGACUCUCUGGACGAAACCAUCAAGGCUGGAGGCAGAAUCACAGCGCUCGCCGUGCUGUUUGAGGUGAGCCACGGAUCAUACCUGAUUUAACCCCGAUCAGUUUUCAGACCUGUCACUCAGGAACAGAAACCAGAUCAUCAGAAUGCAAAUCAUGUCCAUUAGGAGAAUGAAACAGCGAGAGAGGAGGGAAGAAUGAGAAGAAGAAGAAGAAGAAGAAGAAGAAGAAGAAGAAGAAGAAGAAGAAGAAGAAGAGGGUCACAUUUCUUCUCUCAUUUAUUCAUAAAUCACAAGUUUGAUUCAGUAAAAAUAAUCAUUUCAUCCAGUGAGGAGGGUUCACAUCAGCGUCUGUCUUAAGAAAGUUUGGUCUCUCCUUUCCUGAAGAAUGGUCCAGUGUAGAGCUGGACGAUAAAACAGUAAUGAUUUAUAUCGAAGAUUAAUUUCCCUCGAUGUCAGUAUAAAACAUGGUCGAUAUGCUUCUUCGAUAUUUGGCAUUAAAAAGAAGAAAAGUGCGUUCUCCAGGAUUUAGCUGGGUGUAGAGCGGCAGGGUGUGUGGUGUGUGUCUCUGUUAAAAGACAUGGAUACAGAUGUGUGGUUUAGUGGUGAAUUUAUUCGACUGUGGUUCAACAGUCAGUACAGCUCACACCAUAGAUGACAUGAACAUCGAGUAGCAUGAGAUAGCAUUAGCCAUACUCACACAAUAUAGCAUCAAACUUGGACAGUGAAACGUCAUAAAACUCACUUCUGGCAUUUACACACAAUAAACCCGGAUGUGAAGGUGACUGUUGGGUAAAAACAGGUAAAAGGAAAUUCACGAACUUUCCUCGGCUGCAUGAGGAGGAAAACCAAAUUUUCGCAGCUGCGGCAUCUCAGACAAAGGUGUGGUGCGUUCACGAGCGUGGACCGCUGAAACUUCACUGUGAAACACAAUAUAUAAGUGAACAGUAUUUACUUGACAGCACCUAAACAACAUGGGCGUUCUAACAGGCGUUCUACCAUGUCUCUAGCGCAACGCCAAAACGUCAGAGACACACAGACCUCACAGCUGCAGGAGAUUAUUAUAUUGUAAAAGACAUGCCACCAAUAAACACUGUUAAAUGUCAUUUUUAUAUUGUGAUAUAAAUAUCGAUAUCGACUGAUAUGAAAAAAAAAUAUCGUGAUAAACUUUUUCCCGUAUCGCCCAGCCCUAGUCCAGUGUAUCCUCUGCUGAAGGAGGUAAUAAAGGAAGUAUUGAAGCUCCUUUAAUCAUCAUUAACUCAACUCAACUCAACUCAACUUUAUUUGUAGAGCACUUUAAAACAACCACAGCUGUACAAAGUGCUGUACAUAACAGGACAAAAACAACAAGAUAAAAAACAAUCAAGAAACAAUUAAAACAAUGGAUAAAAUAAAAGCAGAAUUAAUAAUAAAUUAUAGCUUCAAUGUUUUUAAAAACUAAUUUAAAAACAUAGAAACAAAUAACUAAAAACAAACCAUAAAACACUAAAACAGGAGCCGAGUCUCAUGGAGGGUUAAAAGCCAAUGAAUAAAAAUGGGUUUUAAUCAUUAGGAGAAUUCAAACAGCUCUUAUCAUCGCCGACACUCAAAGACGUGCUGAUGUCUUCACUCAUUAAGAAACUGCUCUUUUAAAACAAUGUAAAUUAUGUUUAAUGCCGAUAAAAUUGAGCUCCAGCUUGAUCGGCCGCAGCAGUAAACAUCUGUCUGAAGGAGGAGGCCGUUUAAGAGUCCACAGUUUGGCAGGUUUUUAAUGGGUUUCUUUGGACUGAGGGAAAGAAUCAAAGUCUGGCUGCUGCAGAUUGGAGUAAUACCUCAGUGAGUGCACCGGCUCCAACACUCAGACUCAUAUUUUGGCUCUGGAUCUUUGCAGAUCUCUUGUCUGUGUUUCAUGCUCAUGCUCAGGGUCGUACAGGAGCGUCAUGCAUACUCGGUGCUUUGCUCUGUGCGGUUGUUUCGCCCGGGGCGUCUUUGGCGUGUUCGAACCGACAGGGGCCGUGUUGGAACAAAACUCAGAAAGUGUCAGAUGUGAAGCUUCAGGCUGUGUGUGCUGAGGGGUGGAGAGCAGGGUAGGAAACUAACAACCAGCACUCCCAAAGCUGCUAGAUUUAAUUCCUGUGGUCUUCAGACGUUACAGAGCGAUGAAUUAUGGGUCUUUAGUAAUCGUAAAUAUCAUGUAGAAGGAGUCCAGGGAGUUUAAUCACCAUAAACGACAUUUAACCUGAAAAAUCCUGGUUGAAUCCUGCUGUUGUUCACAGUUUUUAGUCUGUGCUUUCUCCCUUUUGAGGAAAAAUAACUAAAGUAUAAAAAAGUUGUACUUAUCCCCUUUCUUUUCAAGCGAAUCACUCUCUAUAAGGUCUCAGAAACAACCUUUAAACGUCACCUUUCAGUAAUAUUUAUGCGUAUAGACUAAAGGUGGCACAGUGGAUUUCUUUGUUGAUCCCCCGUCAGACUGGUUUAGUCGCUGAACGCCCACUUAAGUGAUCUGUACCUGACAUCAAAGUCUGCUUCUGCUCCCAUGAAAGUUCACUCUCAGGAAAUCUUUGCACCGUCAAGAGCCAAAAUCCAGGAGUCACACGACUCCUCAGUAUUUCUGUUGUGCCACAAGCCAAAUAAAAACCUACAGUUGCAGAUUCUUAACACGAGUGUUAGCUGCUGCCAGUGGGUUUUAGGAGACGUUUGAGUAAUUUUACAAGAACUGUUAAAAUAAGUGAUUUAAAAGGGCUUUAGUGCAAAACGUCUCUGGGCCUAUUUUUAAUAUUUUGGACUUUAAAAUAAAAAAAACGUAAAGUUUGGUUUGAGUUUAAAAAAAGGGGGUUGCAGAAUGUGUCUGUAGUUACAACAACAAUAUAUUUGACUCUUAGCAACAAAAUCUUCAUUUUUUCAUCUGUUCAUCGACGAUGUGAGUUUUUUGUUUGACUCAAAAUUAAAAUAUGAAUAAAAAUCAAAAUUGUUAUGGUACGAGAUUGAAGUUAUGAUGUUACGAAUUUAAGUCUUGAGUUUACAGGAUAAAAUUUGCUUUUUUUUUAUGAAACAAGUCAUUUCGUUACGUAUAAGAGUUAUGAUACAAGCUAAAGUUGUAAAGUUAGACAUUUCAGCGAUUUUGUUACACAUAACAGUUGUUACAUUAUAAGAUUAAAGCCCUUUUGUUUCACUCCGAGUGGUUCAGUUACAAUAAUUAAGUCAAUUUGUUACAUAUGAAGUGGUAACAAUGUAAGAUUAAAGUCAUUUUGCUACAUACUUAACUUAUGUUACAGAUUGAAGUCAUUUUGUUACAUGUUAAAAUAGUUACGUAUAAAUUUAAAGUUACUACAUUGUGAAAUUAAAGUUGUUACAUUAUGAGAUUAAAAGUCGCUGUUUUGUUUCCUUCGUCAUCUUGUUUUCUUUUUAAAUUGUUAUUCUAUGAAGUUGUUGUGUUACAGAUCAAAGUCUUUUGCCACAUAAUAAGAUUGUUAAAAUACGAGACUGAGGUUAACGUUGUCAGAUUAGCUGUUUUUUUACUGGAUUAAAGUUUUUACAUAAGGAGGUUAACGGUAUUGUAUCACGAUUGAAGUCAUCAGUAUUUUAAUUGUAGUUUUAUUACUUUAUGUUAGAAGUACACUACAGAUGUCACUACAGACGACAUUAAAAUGUUGUCAUUAUACUCUCUCAUUAACAGAAACAGCUUAACUUUGACUCUGGUGUGUUUAACAUGAACAUAGAAAAUGUCCAGUUUAUAUCAUUUUAAAUAGAUAUUUUACAUGGUACUAAAAGGAGCUUCUGUAAAACUUCAUCUGGUCGCCCCAGCUUGUAGAAUUUUAAGUAUUUUUAAGGCUUUUUAAGAUGAUGAUGAAUUUUAUCUUUCUGAUUUCUAACCAGCUCUGCGGUGGAUUAAAUCAUUGAGCAAAAGAGGCUCAUAAUGACGUGAAUAUUUUGUUUUCUGUCUUUGCAGACGAGCGCUGAAGAGAAUAUGAACUACGCCGCAAUCAUAGACGCCAUCAACAGCGUGAGCAGAUAUGGUACACCAGUUUCUUCUUCUUCACUCUCUUUGCUAAAUCCUUCUUCUUCUUCUAUGGUGCUUAUCGGUCCUCUCUUGUUCUGCUGUCCAGGAAAGAGCGCUGAGGUUUUACCCUUCACCCCUCGUGGUCUGCUGCCGGACUCAACGGAGAAAUAUUUCAUCUACAACGGUUCCCUGACCACGCCACCCUGCAGCGAGACCGUGGAGUGGAUCAUCUUCAAGACCACAGUGGCGAUCUCUGACGAACAGGUGAGCAGAGGACAUCAAAUGUAAGGACAUCAUUUAGAGCUGGAGGCGGCGGUUUCAGGACCAGGGUCUCCAGUUAGCAGAAAGUACUGCUUUGAGCUGUGUUGCAGCAGCAGGUUAAGGUUUAGGUUUGGGUCAGGAUGUUGAGGAGAGGGCCGUCCAUAAUUAAAUCCAGAACUUCCUUGUGCUGUUCUUAUUCUGAGCUGCUAGUGAAGGUAUGGAGCAGUCACUGCGCCCAAACAAACUGGACUUUAGUCGUCAUUAAAAGUCAAAUGUGCCUGAAUAUGGUGCUGAUUGCCAAGUGUGGAUGCAAACAACAAUCUUCGUAGAAUUGUGGUCCUGAAUCUGCAGCCUUCAACCCUGCAGACACACGCCUCUCAUCAAAACACGUUUAACAAUCAGCUGCAAUCAGUGAAUCAGUGAUCCCAGGGUUUCAGACGUUUCCAAAACAAUCGCGGGGUCCUUUAAAAUCAGACAUAAGCUUCAGGUUUUUGUGUAAGAUGAAAAGACGAGCGACACAAUAACAGAAAAUGUCCGUAAACAAGCUUUUAGAAACUCGUUCAAAGAGCUGAAAGGAGGAAUUAUCAUACCAGAGCUCAGGAAACACGCAAAUGAUGGGUGAGGCAGAGAGACUGUAGGCUCUGGACUCUGUGUGUGUGUGUGUGUGUGUGUGUGUGUGUGUGUGUGUGUGUGUGUGUGUGUGUGUGUGUGUGUGUGUGUGUGUGUGUGUGUGUGUGUGUGUGUGUGUGUGUGUGUCAGCCUAAAUACCGUAAAGAUCUUUUGUGAGUCGAUAUUAGUUGGAUGUAAUGACUGCAUCUGUAUGCCUGUCAAUCACUCGUUCCCUCAGGGCAGUCACACACACACACACGCACACACACACACACACACACACACAAAAAACUCUGCACAGACACGUGAGAGCACACACACACAAAGGCAUUUCCACAGUGUGACGCCUGCUGAAGCCAGACGUCGUUCUCUGCUCAUUCAUUGUUUCUGAACACACAGCUGUCAUAUUUGUACUUCUUUACUCGGAGGGACUCUAUUUUUAAACGUGGCACAGUAAAAACUCGUGUUUUGAACACCGACAGGCCCAGAUUGUUAUUCAAAGUGUCUAAGAAAGAAUCCCCACAGAGAGAGACCUCAUUUUAAUGAUUUAAGAUGCUUUUUUAACACCACAAAUAAUGAUUUUCAAGGCCACCAAACCCCAUUGACAAAAACAGUGAUUCUACCUCACUAAAUAUAGGAGCUGCUUGUCUGCUGUUGCGUUGAUCUGGUGGGUUUUUUCUCUUAUUUGGUGUUACGCACAAAUACCGCUGGCAUUUAACUAAUAAUUUGAAACACCAAAGACAAUUAACAGGCUAACAGAAUGAGGCAGUAACCAUGUUGUAUGGUGAGCUUAAAUUACAAUUUUUGUCAGUGGAAUCUGGUGGAUGUAAAGGGAUCUUCUCAACAGCUGUUCCUUGUUAAUAUAAUAAUUUCAAAAAGCAUUUUAACCUCCAGUGUUGUGAAGUGAAUGCAAGAGUGCAGUUCUGCAACCGUCCACUUUGGGCUGAUGCUAGAACAGAGUCUCCCACCAUAGAGCCCUAUGAAGUUUUUUUUUGUUUGUUUGUUUGUUUUGCACAGGGCUUUUUUUUACAUGUUUACAGCAGGAAUAAUCAUAAUGCUAAGAAAGUUUUUUCUAUUCCUCAUUUUUUAAACUAAACACCACACAGAAGGUGUUUUUUCAGAACACAUGUUGCACAAACGUCUGCAAAAACGACAGAAAAUGCUGAGUAUGCAGGAAAGAAAAGAGCUAGCUGAUGGUAUAAGUUAGGGAAGGACAGCAUAAAGGUGUUUUCAGUGGAGCAGAGGGGCCCAAUGCAUGUACAUCUGCAUGUACAAACAGGCCUGUAAAAUCUCUGUUUUCACUGUAAAUUGCUAGUUUACACGUCAACAGAAAGGACAGCACUUCAGCACUGACAUGGUUUCAAAAGUUUAAGUUUUCUGCUGCCGAAAUGCUGUGACAGUAGUUUAGUGUUUUAGCCGCAGAGUUGACUGACAUUUAACUGAGGUCAGCGUUUCCAAUAUGACAACUCUUCAAAAUCUAGUGACACUAAUGAGACCAUAACCAUGUUUUUACAGUCUAUGGAAAUAAGCACUUUUAUGUUACACUGCAGCCAUUACAGCCUGUUAUUCAGCGCUCAGGUGAUGUAAUUCAAACUUUUUAUUUAUUUAUCCAUCAAUGGAGAAAUUUCUUUAAAUGUAUGUGAACUUUGCUGGUAAGGUUUUAGUUUAUUUGUUUUAUGCAGCAGCCAAAAUCUAUACCAAAGCUUCACUUACAUUCAGACACUGUGUUUGUUGUCAUGUCGCUCCAUGUGCACCGGCUGUUGCAGGUUUCCAGGGUCCUCCAGGUUUCUCCAAACCUCUGUUACAUGUCUCAGCUGGUCUGCAUUCCAGCGCAGGUCGAACUGCCAGAUCUUAAUGCUUUAGCGUCACAACGUUAACAACCGCAAAUGGCUUUAAUGGGCUCUGAGGGUAUCUCUGCUGCUGUGUUGACUCUGGGAGAGUCAGUCUGAGUGAAUGUUGUGUAACCGCAGGGAGGUGACUCACCUGGGCAGGUACAGAGGAAGCCUGCAGGUCAAAGGCGAUCCCCGCAUGAUUCAAGGCUCCUGCACGCACAUCCACUUCUCGAAGAUUAGAUGCCAUGUUUGACGUUGUGUGCGGUGGAUGUUUACAUUUUUGUGUAUGUUUUUAUCACGUGUCAGAGCUCCUCAAGUCCUGCAGAGGGGGUCUUUUUAAUCUGUGACGCACAAGAUAAAAAUGAUCUACUGGGACUUCAGUGGUUUGCUGACGUCUAUCUGAUCAGCUGCAUCUGUAUCCUGAGCUCGGUCUAUUGCACACACUUUCAAACAUACUUUUUUAUUCCACUUUUCCAUCUAAAAUAAACAGCGACAGUCAUAAUUCUGCUUUCCUCCUUGUGCAGCGUUGUGUGUCUGACCCUUGUUGUGAGGCUGCUGCUCUGUAGUAGAUAACACUCGGCAUGCUGUCGUGUUAUUGUGUUGUUGCAGCUGGAGAUGUUCUGCGAGGUGAUGACGAUGCAGCAGGCCGGAUACGUGAUGCUGAUGGACUACCUGCAGAACAACUACAGGGGGCAGCAGCAGCAGUUCAUGGGUCAGGUCUUCUCCUCCUACACGGGUACAGAGGAGGUCCUCACACCAGGUACAGCUCCUGAAUGAUCCCUCCAUCAUCUGUGAGACAGAUUCCUGCAGAUCAUACUUCUAGAGAAAUAAAGCUAACACAGAGGUGCAGUAAAAAAAAACUGCAGUUCCUUUAGUGUCCACUUGAGGCUUGCCCCAAAAGUUAAGAAGUUCCAUCAGGUCCCAUAUUAAACUGCAGUAGAGUUGCUCUUUACAUCUUGGUACAAAAACAGCUUUGGUCUUCAAAGCUCAUUUCCUUUAUUCACUAUAACUGCAGGUCAUGAUUUUUGUUUCAUGACUCAUCAAAGUUGGGAAUAGUUUGCUGUUAUUUUGGGCGCAGCUGAUUUCGCCGACUGAUGCACAGUAGCCAGAAAGUAUGAGUAUAUUUGCUCUUCUUUGGCUCCGCCUCUUUACCUGCUUGAGUCAUUAUUUCCAAUAUUUAUUUAUUCAGGAUUUAUUUUAGUAAACAAAUAAUAACUUAAAUAAUAAAAAGACAAAAAGUAGUCUUCUCAUCUAAUCUUUUCCCCCACACGAGCACAGAUUUAUCAUAUUCUCACCUGUCUGAUUUUAGAUCCUGUGACUUUGAACAAUCCCAGGUUCACGCUCAGUUUAAUUAAACACGCUCCGGGUGAAUCGGACACAAUUGGAUCACCGGUGAUUGGUUAAAAUGUCACAGGGAUAAUAAUAGAGCUUCACUGACCCAAAUAAAACCUCAGUGAGGUCGACUUGGUGAACCAUUGAUUUCCGCGCUGGUUGUAUUUGAUAAUUAAUGAAAAGGUAUUGAUCUGUGGUUUUUGGAGGGCUGGUUCUGACACUAAAGAACCAGUUAAUCACUUGGUUUAGGUGAGGGGUUUGUGUUGAAAUAUCUCUUUUUUAAGUUUAGACUAAACAGCUGGAUUUGAAAAACUCAUGAGUCAUUCAUGAGUAAAAAAAAAGUCUGGUUUGAAGACGAGUAGAUCCUUUAUAUUAUUAGAUUUCCUUUUAUCAAUAACGACCUUUAAAAUAAUCAUCUGGAGAGUCUUCGUCAUGCUUUAUCAUAAUAUCAGUAAUGUUUACAAUCUGCUGUUUAUCCAAAGACGUUAAUCCAGCAGAAUAACACAGAUUUUAACACUUCCUGUGUAACCAAGAAAUAAAAGCUCCUCUGGGGUUGAGGCGUCCUUCUGCUGCCCUCUAGUGGCGGCAGCAAGACAGCACCAGAUGUCUUGUUUCUUUUUCUUGACUUGGUCCCAGUCUCUAAGAGCCACUCUUAUGUUUUCCUGAUUAAAUGGACAUCUCUGCAGGAGGAAGAAGCUUUGCGCACAUACACUGCAGAUUUAUUGGCUGUAUCGCAUCUCUAACGCACAACAUGUGAAGAGAAAGGUCAGAGGUCAAAGGUCAAAGUCAGUGGAAGCAGAGGUUUUUUGAGGAGGAAGUGUGUCAGUGUUUGUCCUCGUGUCUAUUGUUAUUGAUACUCAGCCUCUUUUUAAUCCUUUUUAAUCCACAGAGUCAGUCGUCUGUAUAAUCUCAGAUCCCCUAAUCUCAACUCUGACCCAGAAUCACUCUGUGGGUUCAGGGGAUGACUCUCAAAACAGAGAAACGGGAGAUUUAAACACCCCCAUCGACCAAAUUUCACUUCUUACAUAACGUCUAUUUAAAUAUUCAGUUUAUAUCUUUUCAUAUUUAACUUUUUUUAAUAAUUUAGCACAUGAGACUGUGUAAAAUCUUAAAAAUGUAAAGGCAUGUCAGGAGAGGUCAAGACGAAAACAGGAUUAUCCAUCGGACCUCGUCCUUCUCUGGUGACAAAACAACAAAACAGUAAAAAUUAAUCACACAGUUAAAAAAAAUACUAUCAAAGCGCAAACAAGUGAUGAUAAACACUGUUGUAGCCAUUUCAUUUUUUUUAAAAACACUGUUUAUUACUUACGUUCCUUUUUGUUUGGUUUGAUCGAAGCUGAUUUAAUUAUUAGUAUUUCUGACGUCACCAUUUUAUGAUUAUAGUCACACGUCAGAUUUCAAGAAGCUUUUGUGGACAUUUAAGUUUCUUUUUUGGAAUAAAUCUUUCAAAUUUUAAGUGGCUGUUUUUCGGAGUGCGUGCGACGCCACAAGCAGUUCAUUGCUACGACAAACACAAAUAUCUACUCUCACAGUUCUCUGUUUGCUCCACAUUUAGAGUCUGAUCCCUUUACAGUACCACAAAGUAGCUGCUGGUUAAUGUCGGGUUCAUGUUAAGGUCACAGUGAAAACAGACAUCAGACAACAACAACUUUAAACUUUAGAACGUACAGUAUAACUAAAACUAUAUUAUACAGAGAAAAAAAGUCUGAAUUCUGACUUUAAUCUCAGAAUAAUAAUUUAAUUAAAUAUUAUGUUGGACCUUUUUUUUCCACUAGUGGCCCUAAUCCUCUCCCGUAAUAUCAAAGGUAAAGUAGUGAGAGUUUCAUCGCUUUACUUUUAUAAAUGAUAAAAGUGAAAAGAUGAUUCUAAUUAAACUAAAAGUCUCAUUUCUGUGGAUUUCUAAACUCUGUGACAGUGAUGAGCAUUAUUACAAAAUCCUGUUUUAAAUUUUUAUGAGGCUCCAGUGUCGAUCAGGGCUCUUAGCUAUGAAAGUGGCGUGCAAAUGAAGACUAAAGAAUAAGAUUUAAAAAGAUCCAUCAAACCGUACAGUUAAAACUGUCUCCUUCUUCAUCAGUUUGCAGUUCAGAGCCAGAGAACAUCCAGGCAGCAGCUUACAACCUCAGCAGCCUGCUGGUGACGUGGGAGCGGCCGCGGGCGGUGUACGACGCCAGCAUCGAGAAAUACUCCGUCACCUACGGACUGGCCAAUGCCGAAAACACGGCCCCUACCAUAUACCUGACCGACGGAGACCAGGAUGUGGUGAGAGAGAAAGACCACAAAUUUAUGAUAUGAAGUCGGGUAUUACCGUGUAGUCGGUGGUGUCUGCCAGUAACGUCACAGCACAAACUUCAGACUCCGUGGUUGUCUGAUCUGACUGGUUGUUUGAAAUGAAUGAUCCUAUAAACUCAUCAGGAAAUCCAUGUCUGUGAUAAUUAAUCAAAUUAAACUAAUAUUCCCGUUGACUUCAGUAUAAUAACGCUAUUUACAACCAGUAGAGUCGCCCCCUGCUGGCUACAAAAGAAUAUUCACUUUUGAAGGAAAACGUGUUUUUUUUUUUUUAUUUGUAGUAUUUUGAUAUAGAAUCAAAGCUCAUGUUUUUCCUUCUCCCUCCACUAGGGGGCAAUACUUGAUGACCUGAUAGCCAACACCAGCUACGUGAUCCAGGUGGUGGCGGUCUGCACCAACGGUCUGUACGGACGUAUGAGUGACCUGCUGCCGGUCCUCAUGCCCGACCCCGGUAAGAGCGACCGUGCCCGAGACUGAGAGAGAUGAACUGAGUGAUGCUGUUUUUAAAAAAAGUUUAUAAAUAGUUCUGCUGGCAGGUUAAACUAUCGAAAACUAGCCGACUAAAGUCACGAAAGAGGGACGUUGAAUUAGCGAAACUACAUCCUCAACUGAAAGAAGAAACUUUUGAUUUUCAGUCAUAUAAUUACGAGUCAAACCAGCAAAUAAUUUAAAGAGAAACUUUUGAUGAUUAUUUGAUAACGAAGGAAAGAUUGACCGGAGAGAUUCCUGGUGGGUUUUAUUUUUUAGAAACAUGUCCAUCACCCUUUCACCCCCCUGUGAACCCUGAGAGAGAGAGAGCUGAUAUUAUUGAUGAAGCAUCAAUGAUAUAGAUAUUUUCUCCUCUUUUACACUCUCUUCACCCUCCCCUUCACUCACUCUGGGGUAUAUAUUCUGUGUUUUAGGGGUUUUAAUCACACACAUGCAUUGUUGUUGUUGUUGUUGUUGACUCGUCUUCUUCUGUUGUUCUGUUUCAUGGUUUCUCUGUCUACUCUCAAAAAUACAAAGCCGCCAUCUUUGUUGUGUUUUCAUUAUGUGGCGUCUGUUCCUUCUGCCUCUCAAAGUAAGACAAAUGUUUGCAUGUGUGCACCAGCAUUUUAUGUAUCUCACUGGUAACCAUAGUAACCGUGUAUUUCAACUGAACUUUAUACUGAAUAAACUAAUACGUCUUGUUGCAAAGAAAGGAAAUCCCCUGCAUCCUAUUUCAGUGUUGGUUUGCAUGAAUGGGUGAUAUUCUGCAACAUUUAGCUGGUUUCUUCUCUUAGCAUGAAUGUUAGCAUGUUGGCUAAGCGAUCCGCGGGGAGCCGUCUUGAAAAUGGUGCGAGUGUGUCAGCGAAAGUCUUAUUUUGAAGUACAAAAAGAAGCUGUGCUCCUUUUAUAGGGAUUAUUGGACCACAUUGUUAGUUUAGCCCUACCAAAGCUGGGCCGUAAAGUUAGAAAUUCUGGUCUGAAUCAGGUACGAGUUCAAACAGCGAUACAAACCUUUGGGGACAAAUGCAUUGAGUCAAAGUAGGUCCACCAAAAGUUCCUGUUUUUGGCUUAGAUUGUUACUCUUUGGUUUCUGGCAACAUUACUGAAAGGAUCCAAACAGUAAAAGAACUUUUCUUUAUGAGAGGUAGAUCUGCAGGAUCUGGUUCCUCUCAAAGUCACCAGAUCCCAUUGAUAAAAACAUCGAUUUAACUUUACUGAACUUUAUCUUCCUAAAUCCUUUUGCACCAAAACCCUGAGUCAUCUCCAUCAAACCCAGUUCAUUAAACUUGUAAAACCUCACCUCAUGCUUCACAAACCAGUCUGAACUGGUCUCCAUGAUGUGUGACUUACCCUCAGACAGGUAAGAGCCAUACCCACUCACCUGGCCCCCCUCACCUGCCCUGCCGUGUGAUGUCCAUCUGAACUCCGUCAACAUGUGGCAUUUGCAAAUAACCUCACAGACCGGUGGAGUUUAACCACCUUAAAUUAGAUGUCAAACAAAAUUCAUAAAGGUUUGGCUCAUCUGGUUUAAACAGAAGGAUGAAAAUAAAUAAAAAAUGAUUAAUUGCAAAUGCUUUUCGUCAAAGUUUUUCCGUGUCUGCUUGGAUUUUUUUUGGCAUGAACAAAAAUGUCUGACGUGUUGCAUGAAUUUCCAAAACUUUGCAUGAUUCUCUAUUUUCUCCAUUUUCCCCUCCAUCCCCUUCACAGACUCAUAUCCAUCAAAUGCAAAUUAAUGUGGUUUCAGAGUUUGUGCUCCAGAUUUGUUUUAAGUUUCAUUAAAUCAAAGUGAAUAAAAACAAAGAUUCUUACUUUUCCUCUUUCCUGACCUUCCCAUCAUUUUGUUUUACCCUGAAGAUACCGGUCCAGUCUGAAACUUACACCAACGUAAAAUCAGGAAUUUGAAAGUUUAGGCAAAAGUUAUUUAAAAACAUGGUUUGAAUGUUUUUGUUGCAGUUUCACUUUGUUUUGUGUAACUAAUAUGAGAAUCUGUGCUCUUUUUCAGAAAAUUCACCGAAUCCAGAUUCAGAUCAGUUUGAUAUUGAGGUGAGGACACAUUUACAUUUCCUACAUUAAAAGUAUUCUAGAGCUACGUUCACACUUCAGGUUAUGAUGCAUAAUAUCAGAUUUUUUGGUAAAUCCGAUCUUUUUGUGCGGUCGUUCACAUUACAACAACGAAUGCAGCAUCUAAUGUGAACGGUAUGCGUCCGUGAAGUGACCCACAUGCACACAAAGCACAAAUUUCUUUCCGCGCCUGUUUGUGUUGUCGAACAAUUAUGACGUUUGUCGCAUAUUGAUGACGUAUAAGUCGGAUAAACACGACCUGAGCGUCCACACUGAUACAUAUCUGAUUUAUAUCCACAUACAAAAGAGGCCUGGGUCGGAUUAGAACAAAUCAGAAUUGCACUGUUCACACUUACAUGAAAAAAACAGAUAUGAGUCACAGAUGGUUAAAAAAAAUCGGUAUUGACCUGCAGUGUGAAAACAGACUAAAUGUCUGCAAAAGUCACAUGUUUGGUUUAAAAUUGGUUUUAAUUUCUGGUAAAUUUUUUGGUAAAUUUGAUCAUUUUAAGCCUCUUUGGACCUUUUAGAAAGAUUUCAAAAUGAAAAUGGAAAUGAAAUCUGGCUGCCUUUUGUGCUUGCCUUUCAACAUUUUCCUUCUCCAACAGGACGACUAUGAACCCGAUCUGUCCUGGAAAAGACCGUCUCAAACUGACGACUAUGAUCCAGUCCUGAUCCCCACAAACCCACCAAGAACUACGACCACUGACUCCGCCUUUGUCCCUCCACCGGGCUUCAGAACCACCACAACAGAGUCUGGUUCAAGAAAAACCACCAGUGAUUCUGUUUUCUCAGCUCGAUCCACCGAGUCCGGUGAAGUCCUGAGCAACUCUGGAAAAACCACACCUCGCAGUACCUCCUUCUCACCACCAGAGGUCAUCAUAUCACAAGGAAACAAAGGCGGCGCUUCUGUUUACUCGACGACCACCGCUUCAUACCCCAGAGCAAAGGCAGAUGGUGUUCUUCGAGCACCAAAAUCCUCCAACGAUGAUGUCAGAACUACUCCUACGUUAACAAGUACGAAACCAAAAGGUGGUAAAAGUAUUUUUUCGUACAGCACCACCACACCCUCCACGCCUCGUUCUGAAGACACGAGCAGAAAGACAGCACCACCCUUCUUCCAAGCCAAGACAGACAGCAGUGUGAUACGUCCCAGAAAUGAAGAUACGACCGCGGAUCCAAGAAGUCACGCCAAAUCAGGAGGAUUACCAGAGAUCCGGACAGGAAGUUCAACCCCACAACCUUCCUCUUCGGGUGGAGCUGGUCCACAUCGGAAAACAAGUCCCAACACGCCUCACUUUACAUCUUCCACCACUUCUAUCCGGUUGAGUGGCGUUCUCUUGCAGACCACACAACCGCUGUCCAACGGUGAGAGCCCCUCUGUCCCUCCUUCCUCCUCCUCCUCCUCCUCUGCUUCCUCCCCCCUGUGUGACUCUGCGGACCCCUCCUCCACCUGCCUGCAUGACCCUCCCUCCUCCUGGCCCCUGUUGUCCGCCUCUUCGUCAGACCCCCAGCAUGCUGCUACCGCACAGCUUCUUAACAACGACCAAGCUUCUCCUGCCUCUACUUUGCCCCGCCUCCCUCUCCCCUCACUCCCCCUGUCUGGUUGGGAGACUCGCCACGUCUCCCCGGUUGGUGUCGUAUUCGAUGAUAGCGAUGGUGAUAUGUUGUCCGGGUCUUCCUCGGUGUCUUCAGGUGAUACCUCUGUGUUUAGCGAAACUCCUCCUCUACAGACAGUGCCGGAUCCUCCUGGCACCACCUUCGAUGAAUCCUCACACUCCUCCUGGGAUCCAUCACUCUUAGGGGUCUCUCUGUCCCUCACCCCCACCCUCCAACCGUCAGUCCUCCUCUCUAGUGACUUUAUCCUCCCAGGCACAACUCCAGAUCUAUCCCUCUCUAACUCGGCUGGGUUUGAGGACUCAAGGUACGCCACAGGGAACACGAUAGAGUCCUUUCUCCCUGAGGUGAAUGGUGAAGGGUUUCCGUUGACUAGCGACAUGGACGCCUUAUGCACUUGUUCUCUGGAGCCGUCCUCGUCCUGGUUGCAUGCCUCCUCUCACGCCCCCCUCCCCUCCUCGGCCUGGGACUCUGCUAGUUUAGAGCUUUAUUCUAGCGUGGCUUUUUCUCCCGUCUCUGGUGUUGGUGUAGACGAUCUUCUCCGCUCUCUGUCUCUGGCGGGUUCCGAUACGUCGUCCUUAGAUCAGCCUCGUAGCGCUAUCUCCCCUUCACCCUCCUCCUCACUCACCCAUAGUGACCUGCCCGUUUCUGUUGCAGCCACGCCGUCUGGUGUCAAGGAUUCCUCCUUGUCGACGACGAACGAGAACCCCGCCCUUCGAACUUCUGCCCACCCUUCCUCACCCACAUCCUCCCCCUUCACCUCCACCCCUGAGGCUUUAGAUGCUAGCAGCAGUGCCUCUGGUUCUGCCCUGUUCCCCGACUCCCAGGAAAGCAUAGAUCAGGAGUGGGACAGGGUUCAAACCUCGGCUUCUGGAGAAAGCGCUUCCCCUUACUCCACCACAGUCACGACAACUGUAUCCUCGCCCCCAACCCCCGAGUCUGGCCAGAGUCCUGAUGAUUUAGACGACCAUUCCUCAGCAUUUUAUUUCGAAAGCGAGAGCGGUAGCGCAAGUGCCUCAGAGGGGGCAAGCACAGGGAAGCCGACCAUCCCUACGAUAACCUCAGUCUCGCCCUGGUCGCUGGGCGGGGAGGAGGAGAGUGGCUCAGGACAGGGUGAGACCCUGUACGACAACGAGACGUCCUCGGACUUCAGUCUCUCCGAGCGCACAGAAAGAGAGUCGGAGGAAGAGGAGGAGCCCGUCGCAGGUAAAAACGCCGACCGUGUUGGGGAAAAAACUACCGAGGGAUCUGGAAGAGUUCUUGGAUGUCUAAUUCUUCAUCUGUCAACAACAUUUCACCUUUUUCAUUUUUAUCUGGGGAAGAGAAAAAGUCAUGCAUGCGAGGUAAAACGCCACCAAACAGGAUCCAAUAACCUCAAUAAUCGUACCAUCAGCAUCUUCAUCAUCAUUUCAAACGCAGUAAUUCAAGUAAAAGGUCAUCAUUCCAUUUUUAAAGCACUCAUUAAUCACAACUCACGGGUGUGAAGGGAUGGAAACUCUCCUUAUAUGCAUUCAGUGGUCAUUAUAAGUAAAAACCCCAACCUUUUGACGUUGUUUUAAUGCUUUGUUUCUAACACACUUUUCUCUUUUUUUGUUGAAUUUUCAGUUUUAAACAUCGUCUCUGAGUUGCACUGGUUCAGUCAUGAUCUGAACAACAUCAAACUCUCAUGAUAAUACUGGAAUAAGAAGUCAACGUAAUGAUAUCGCAGUAUUUAAAGGAAAAAGACAAAAGAGUCUGUUAAAAUUAACACUUUUAUCGCUCUGUGUAUCUGUUAAGGAACAUUUUUCUGUUGUCUCAGGUUCUGUUUAAGUUUUGUCUCUUUAUUUUGGUUGCUGGUCAAACUUCACAGAAAUACCGUAUUAUUCGAGUUUCCCGCCAAAACUUUAAAUUCUGUUUCUUUACUUGACAUUUGAACACAUCACGAUGACGUUUGCUCUAAGUCGCGUUAAUUUCAUGACGGGAUCUUGAAUGCGUCAUGAAGUAACCGUUUGUCACCUGGACCAGUUAGCUAACUAGCUUCAUAUAUCAUGCUGGUUGGUCAACAAUAGACGGUACACAUUAGAUCAGUUUUUACUGUGUUCGGGACUUGCCAAAAAGCUCGGAUGUGCUGGCGGGAUAGAAGGAGGUUAAGAACUUUCUCGAAAGACAGAAAAUCGACCGACUUUUCACAACUCGGGGACAGUUGAAGGUAUUUAUCCAAACUUCACACAUUCAAACUGCGCGGGAGCAACAGACCACCAACAUUUUCGUUGAUAUGGUUUAAUUUGGAGUUAAGUUUUAGUCAUAUCCUUAAAUCUCUAGAUGUCAAUAUACUAAAAAUUGUAUAUAAUGAAUUUUCUUCGCCGCCAUUUCUGCUCUUUCACAUUAGAUAACAUUAACAAAACCAGCGGAUAGUUACUAAUAAAUUUUUCCUUUGUCACCUUUAUCUUUAUGUUCAUGGACAAAACUCUGUUAGACUUUUGGAGGCUUCUGAAAAUCUGUAAAAAAUUGUGUACUCAGACAUUUUUACUAGUUAACUAAUGAGUCUUUAUUAAUAAAAAAACAGUUUUAAAAACCAUAGAGGGAAAAACUACAACUUCAUUGAGCCCCUGCAAUACGUAGAAGUAAUAAAGUCCCCCAGCUAGGUGAAAUACUCACUAAUACUAUACAACUUAACAACCAGGAAUGCUCAUUAAAAAAAAAAAGAACAUUUCUUUGUUUAAGUCCCUAAAACUACAGGAUAUGUCUGUCAAACAAAUUCAGUUGUAGUUUCUGCUCUUUGUUGUUACCCAUUCUGUCCACUAGAGAGCAGCAAAGCUCUUUCCUCUGAAGCACCCAUGUCUGUCACCAUUCUCUGACCUGCAGUGUCUGUUUUCCCCUGAAGGUAUAAAGUCUUAAAAACACACAGGAAACAGCACAAUUAAUUUAAUAAGACUCUUUUAUUUACUCAAGAUGUUGAGAGAAGUCUAAUCACCGUUCACAGCUGGAGACUAACUGUAUAGCCGUGAAGUGAAGGUUGAAACCUUAAAGGCGGUUUUGCGUGUUACAUCUCUUGGACAAAAAAAAUCACUGACAGUGCUUCCUUUUCUCUAAUCUGCACAUUUUGAGAUUUGAAAUAAAACAGGGAAUGUUAUUUUCCUCAUGAGUGACUGAAACAGAUGUCUCACUUCCACGUUACGUGCACUUUUAGUUGGUGUCCACCCAAAUCGACGUCCAAAGAAUUCUCACCAAAAUCAACAUAAAGCUACUUAAAUAUUCCUCUAGAGUUCUCAUUUAAAAAUGUUCCAUUCUGGCAAAAUUUCUUUAUUCCAUCUUGAGAUUUCCAAAAAUAUAUUAUUCAGAUGUUUAGCUUAAAAAUGUAAAAGUGAUAAACAGCCUUUGAAUUUGUGUAAAUUGUUAUUCUUAUGAACGUGUGUUUAAAAAAAAACUGGAAAAGCUGGAGAGACACGCACAUUACAGAUAAAAUCAAUAAACUAAAUGCAAUAAUUGAAAUCUGGGGAAAUAAUAAAAUGUAUAAACAUACAUCCCUAAUCCCCAAAACAAAGAUAGGGACACUGAGUAGAAUGUGUCCUCAGGGCAAAGUGCAUGUUAGACCAAAAAAAUGUUAUCGCUUAAUGAAAAAUUUCAUGCUUAUUUAACUUUGAUGUCAGCAAAAGUUUUUAAAAAAUUGGACAAAAACACUGAAAAAGUUUUUUUUUCAUGUUGAAGAAAAAUCCGGAGGAACUUCUCUCAACUUACAGGAAUAAUUUAUAACAUGACUGGGUAUUAAAAGGACAUUCAGAGAGGCUGAGUCGCUCUGAGGUCAAGACUGAUAGAAGUUCAUCACUGCAUAGAUCAUUUUAAAAAUCUCUUUUUCUGUAAAAUUGCAAAGAAUUCAGAAAUAAUUUCAUUUACAGCUGAAAAAAUUAAACUGAAGGCUGAAAACAGAAUCUGGAUCGCUGUGAUCUUCAGGCCCUCAGGAAAUCAACGCAUGGGCUGAAAAUGACCUCCAAACAUCGUCUGUGAACAGGGUUUGUGCAUAGACGCAGGAGAAAAUUGUCUCGCGGUCUAAUGAUUUAAAAAACUGAGGUUUGUUUGAAAACCGUGGACACUGAGACUGCCUGGUUUCUGAUCAGGGUACAGUUUCUGUGAAGGCUCCAUUAACGAGUCCUGCUGUUAAAGUGGCCUGCCUGCAGCCUUGACCUUUCACCCCUUCAGAAUGAGCGGUGCAUCAUAAAUUUAGGAUAUCCCCGGCAUCAAAUUUCAAAUGAGCAUAUUUUUGUUGAACCGUAACAUUUUCAGUCUAACAUCUGAUGUGUCCUCCCUGCACUUUGUCCUGUUAAAUGAUUUCAAUGAUCUGAACGCUGUAAAAAAGAAACCUGUUCAAAAUAACAUUUCACACCUUUAUUUUAAUCAUUUUUUACUCUAAUGAUGGUUUUCAGUUUGCUUUUGGACAAAUCUUGCCUUCCAGAGCAACUUAAGAGCACUUUUCAAAAAUGAGCUUAUUGUGAAAUAUGACAAACUCGAACACAGAGAGGAAAUCAUCUAUUUUAACUUCUUUUAGAAAAGGGACUGUUUAUCCAAAUCAGAGGCCUCAGGUGAUGUAGAGGUUCACUUUCCCCUGUGCGUCUCCUAAUCCAUGCCCUUGACACCCUGACGGCUAGAUGUACAGUAACACAACUCCAUCUUCAUCUUGUACUUUCAAGUCUUUUCAGCGGAAACUUUGAGGAGUUUAUUUCUCAUCAGCUCUCCUUUGACUCACUUUGUGUUUUUUCAGUCUGUACACCAAAAACCGAGUAACCUUUUCCAUUUCUCUUCUUCUUCGCCCAUUAUCAUCGCCUCUGAGUGUGCGAGCGUGUGUUCUGGGUUUAUUUCAGAGGUAGACAAAGAUUCGCAGGAUGGAUGAUCAUGUGUAUGGGUUUCACUCAGAGUAGAAAAGCCCUUUGUGAAGUAGUCGGCUGUGCUGACCCAGCCUUUCACGACUGAACCGAGUCAGUUUGUGCAGAAGAGGUAAGUUCUGGCAAACAGGCUCCCAGUCAAGGUUAAUCCACGCUAGUGUUCUCCUGACUAGUUAUCAGACCAUAAAAGGAGGAUUCAGCUCAGAGGGGUCAGGUUCAGCCGUCACUUUUAUUCUCUUCCAGUUAUUCAAAGUUGUAAUUAUGCUGCUGGAUUGACUCCACUUUGACGAACGUGUUCCCGGUUUAUUUAUUUAUUGUGCGCCUUUGUGCGUUUGGGUGUUUCUUACAAGUGGUUUGGCACAGGCUCUGAAUGAGACGAGUCGAAGUCGUGGGUAGGCAGGUGGCUGAAUGUGGAUGGUGGUGCAUGGUGUUUGAGUGAAGUAGUUAUUAGAGAUGUGGAAAUGUUGGAGUUUCGGUUCAACAAACAGUUCAAAGAGGCCAAGCUGCUCUGGAGGAAGAAAUGAGCUCAUUGGUUGAAUUCAACAUUUCGUCUCUUUAUUAUUCCUCGAGCUUUUUCUUCUUACACUCUAGGAUGUUUGCUGCUAAGACGACACAGAUGGAAAAUCUGAGGAAAUAAUCGGAGUGUAAGAGUUGGGUGUCUGACCUGUCAUCAUGAAUACAUGUCACCCAAACCACCGGCUGUAUAAAAGGAUAGUAACGCAUCUAUUGUAAAAGAAGUGAAGCCAAAUGAAGGCCUUUAGAAACUCUCUGACUCGACUCGAGGGUCUGAGGGGGCGAGACGUUGGUGGAGGUGUAAUAAUCUCCACAGUAGAACGGAGUCUUCACUGACACUGAUAACUUUGGAAAGGACGGUCUCUUUUGUUUGGUGUGCAUGGAUGGUUGUGAUGAGAGCGCCCUCUGAUGGAUCGUACAGCAAGCCGAAUAUAAUGAGUUCGAUUACGAACUUUCCCCUAGAGUUUGAAUGAAGGUUUGAGUUUCAGAUAAAACCAGAGAAUGAACUCUUUCCAUUGGGUUAAAAAAUGUAGGGCUGGGUGAUAUGGCCUCAAAUCAAUAUCACGAUAUAUCGAUCAGUUCACCACGACAACGAUAAAUGGACGAUAACUACUCCACAAGCUGCUCACCCCCUCCCACAUUAACUUCGUCUACUUCAGCAGCUACAACUUUUGAACCGUCCUCCAUCUUCCCUCUUUGUUACGGACUGGAUGGGGCGGAGUCACGUCUUCAUGUCCCGGAACAUGAGACCAUAGCCCACCUACACACAUCCAAAACCAACUUUUCGACACCAAAUAUACUGAUACGGGCAAAAUGACGUCAGUUAUUGUCGUAAACUUCGGUAUCGGUAAAUUUUCGGUUUAUCGCCCAGCCCUUUCAAAACAUCAGCCAAUCAGGAGCCUAGCUGAUCAAAGAAGGAAGCCCAACAAGUGCAAAGCGAAGUAAAAACUGUAGAACUGAUUUGUGCUCUUUAAAACACACUGCAACCAAAAUGGCGAGUCGGAAGUAGUCAGAAAGUUUUAAAGAAGUUAAAAAUGGCAGAAGUGGUUUUAAACGGCUAAAUAAACUGGGUGAUCUGUUUGAAGUGUGAACUGUAAGUAAGCUACAACAUCAGAAUAAUGUCUGAGAUCUGCCACACCAUAGAUAUUAGACCAGAUUCACUCCCAUGUUCUUAAAUUAAAGGUCUUUGUUGUUCCAGUUUAUCUGCUUUUUUCAACCAGAGCAGCUUUUCCUCUUUAAAACCUCCAGAAUGCAGCAGCUCCUUUCCUCUUUCCUUUUUUAUUUCUCCUCUUCUAUCUUCAUUUUUUCUUUUCUCGAACCUUCUCCAACCUCCUGUUUUGUUUCUAUUGCUCUUCAGACGCCAUCAACAGCAGCCAUGAGUCCAGAGUGGGAUCGAUCCUGGACAGAGAGAGGAAGGCCGUGGUCCCCUUGGCCGUCAUCUCCACCCUCACCAUCCUCGGCCUCAUCGUCCUCAUCGGUAUCCUCAUCUACUGGAGGUCAGUGCUGCAGGGUUGUAGAAGAACACACUGAAACUACCUGGAGAUCUCAUGUUUGUGUAACUUUAAGCAGGUUGUGAAUUCAAGCUCUGGUACAUCAGCUGAUCGUAACACCAGCUCAUAUCAAGAUUGAGAUUCAGUCAUCUAUAAAACAGCAAGGGUCACCUUUUUACUGUCUUUCUGGGACUGAAGUUGAAGUUCAGUUGGGUUUCCCCUCGUUCUGCAGCUUUUUUUCCAGCAAAUUUGACAGAGAAAAAGGACCAAACAGAUGAUGUUCCCCGAUUUUAUAACCAAAUCAUCAACUGAUCAACAGCCCAUUAGUUUGGAGCGUCGUGAUCUCAAAGGGAUAUUCCGCUGUAAAAUUAAUUUAGGGUCAAACACACUGUAACACUUAGUUAGACCCCCCUCCAGAGAUGAAUGUUGCCGACCGUUUGCUUCUCUAGUUAUACCAACUUUAUUAACGACAGCAGGAUAGCAAUACAGAGAGCCACGCACUCAACCAAAACGCCACUCUAUAGCCACAAAUAAUGUUCAGAACAGCACCUAACUUCAUCAACAGGACAUAUAGGGUCACAGCCAUAGUACUAGACACCAAACAUCUUUUUAACUUUGACUAAUUUCUUUAGCAAAGAGACAAAACACAACUCACCUACUCUCUUCCAGCAGCUGCUUGUUUGUAGUGAGUCCAUCGACUACAGCGGGGUGCCGCAGCUCAAGGAAGAACAUUUAUGAUAAUUUCUUUAUCAUUUCCUUGAAGUAAUAAUCAUCAUAUUAAUCAUUUUUCACUGCAGACUCGGUAGUUCUUCUGCCUUAGCGUCUCAGUCUGAUUGUAUUUCCAUGAAGAAAUGAUCAUAAAUGUUCUUCCUUGAGCUGUGUCACCCCGCUGCAGUCGAUGGACUCGCUGGAGGUUUCACUACAAACAAGCGGCUGCUGGAAGAGAGUCGGUGAGUUGUGUUUAGUCUCUUUGCUAAAGAAAUUAGUCAAAGUUAAAAAGAUGUUUGGUGUCUAGUACUAUGUCUGUGACCCUAUAUGUCCUGUUGAUGAAGUUAGCUGCUGUUCUGAGCAUUAUUUGUGACUAUAGAGUGGCGUUUUGGUUGAGCGUGUGGCUCUCUGUAUUGCUAUCUGUGGUCGUUACUAAAGCUGGUAUAACUAGAGAAGCAAGAAUCGGCAACAUUCAUUUCACGACGGGGUGUCUAACUCAGUGUUUGACCCUUAGUCAAUUUUACACCGGAACAUCCCUUUAAUAAUCAAGACAAGAUCAUCAACUAAAAGUCCACGUCGGAUGAAAACAAAGACACACACAGCCUCAGAAAGUAGAAGCUAAACCCCUCCGCCUCCCACCCUCAUCCUCCGCCCUUUAACCCCAUCAUAUGUCACAUUAAAUGGAGAGUGAAGUGAGGACUAUGGCCUGCCAAUCCUCGCAUGGAACCUGGAAUCCAAGUCUCCUCCAACACAAGUUCAGUCUAGGUUCACAAUGUGUUGAGUGUUUUGAAUGCGGUGCGUGUGUGUGUGUGUGUGUGUGUUUGUGUGUUUGUGUGUGUGUGUGUUUGUGUGUUUGUGUGUGUGUUUGCUCACCAGCAGCCCCUUCACAAACAAUGCCUCCUGUGUUGCGCGCCGUUGAUGCCGUCGGUCUUUGAGAGCUGCCGCCGCUCGCUUUUGUUUGCAGAGUUUUUGAUUUCUGCGGUCGGCCUUGAAUGAUGUUGUUUCUUGUUUUUUUUUUUAUGAAGAUGUAUGAAAUACUGGGUGUAGAGCAAACAAAAGUUUCUUUUCUGCUUGUGCUGAAAACAUCUUUGGCUCCGAACUGAAGUGGGGGAAAUAAAACUCUGCUGCCCACUCAGACCGUGAAAUAACCAACUUCAAAAUCCCAUGAAGGACACGCUGUCAAAUACGGUGUAAACACUUUUUUUUCCAGAUUUUUCAUCUGAGGUUCAACAUAUUGUUCUUGUUUUGCGCUCUGCUUGUUGUAUCUCCAAGAUUGAGCAGUGCUAAGCUGGUAAUAAUCUGAGGAGCAGGGGGAUUAAUCCUCGGUGUACCUUGGCUGCGAGCGUCCACUCAGAGGAUGGCGUUCAGAGAGGGCCGGGGGAUGGAAAAGGACAUUCGCCUGAUUAUGUCGGACAGAAAGAAUCGUGUCAGCGUCUUGUAAGGCGAGCGGCAGGAGGCCAAACUACACUAAUCCUGCGGCUGUUGUGUCCUUUUUCACCCCCCUCUUCUGGACAACACGGUGCUCAUUUGGACUCUGCUGCUGCUGUGCAUUUGAGGUCAAGCAGUUUGAGCGGAUUGUGGUUGACUUUACAAGUUUACAACAAGCUGAGAGAUGAACAGCAAAUUAGCAUGGAGCUAAGUCGUUUCCAAAGGCUUUAGUCUAAACAAGUUUAAGAGCGAGGGAUGAAGGAAAGUGUUGAUAUUUAAGAAAGCUGCCCAAAUUCUCCAGAUCACAAUCCAACCCAAUGUCUGCUGGUGGAUAGUCAAGUCUAACCAAUGUGGACCUCGUCCUGCGAUCUCCAGGACUCUAAAGGACCUGCUACUAAACUUGGAGUCAGAUACCUCGGCACGCUUUAAGAGGUCUAGAGGAGUCCGUGUCUCAUCGGGUCAGGACUAUAAGGGGGCUUAAACAGUAUUAGGCGGGUGGUCGUCGUGUCAUGGUUGUUUUGUGUAUUUAACGACCAUUCACAUACAAACUCUUAAAAACCCUCUAAUGAGGCAGUCCUGUGUUACUGACAGAUAAAUAUAUCUGUGUGUGGAAAGAAUGAAACUGAAUUUGAAAUCAAAAGGUGAAUAAAAAGUAUCUUUGAAUUGCCUUUUUAAGAACUAUUGGAAGAAAUAACCUUGAAUUAACCUUUUAAGUAUGCACAGGGAGAAAUGAAAAGGACCAAGAACCAAACCCUGAGGAACACCAACAAAUGGACUUACUGUUCAAACGUCAGUCACCUUAAAGAAUGUAAAAUAAAAUUUAAAGAAAUCUUUGAAAUGACUAAAUAAGAAUCAAACAGAGAGAGAGAGAGAGCAUGUAAAGGAAGAAACGAGUAGGACCGAGGAUUGAACCCUGAGGUACUCCCACAAGUAUACUCACUGUGAAGAUAUCACCCUCAAGACAACAUAAAAGUAAAAAAAAAAAAAUCUUUGAAAUAACUGAGUAAAAAAAUCAGCAAUUUAAGAAACAAAACAGAAGCAUGUACACAGAGAAAUGAAAAGGACCAAGGAUUGAACCCUGAGGCACACCGACAAAUUGAACCAUAAAAAUAUAUUGUAGCAGCCCUCUGCAAAGUACACAGCGGUAGAGUCAGAUUAGCGCUGCUAGUAGUGUUGUGUCAUUCGCGAACAAUUCGUUCAAAAGAACUGAAUCUUUUAAGUAGAUGCACUGAACCGAAUCACUGAGCAGAAGUGAGAAACAGCAAUGAAACAGCAGAUUUUAGAUGCAGGCCGAUAUAAUAUAAUAUAUUAAUAUCAUAUCGGGACACCCCCUAGUGGAAAUCACCACUAAGAGAACACCACAUAUAAACAUUUACUAGAAAUGCUGGCGACCUCUCUGUGACUGAAAAGGUGGAAAACCCUCCUGUGGUCCGAUGAAUCCAAAUUUGACUUUCAACUUGAGUCAGCUGAUUAAAAAAACUAAACCACUAAACCGUCCUGCCUGCAGACCUGACUCAUUAACAUUAUUAUAUGUCAAAUAAGACAAGAGUGAGACAACAUUUCACUGUCCAAAAUCACACCAGUAAACACACCGCUGACACAGUUUACUCUCAGAGUGCAGGUGAUUAAGAAGUGACGUAAAUAAACACUUUUCACACGACUGUUUUUGUUUCUGUCUCGGUGUUUUCCUUAAAAAAACCUCUUUAAUCUCAUUGCUCAACCCUUUUGCUGUUUUUUUUUGUCUGUGAUAAUCCCUGAUGCCCAUUUCUGGCCGAAACAACGCCAAGUUCAUCAGCGGCGAUCUCAUCCCUUUACAAACUUGUCAAGGAUUAACGGAACAUCUUUUUCUCUGUGGUUACGGGAAGAUUAUCGUGUGUUCUCUGAAAAUCUGGGCCAACGUAGAGCGACAUGAAAACAAAAGCAUCUUUCGGCUCUCAGCUGAUUCUCCCGUCUCUGUGAGGUUGAGGCUGAUAUAUGAAGAUCCUACUCAGUUCCUCUUUAUAAAAUGUUUGAAUCAGUCAAUAUGUUCGUAAAGUAGAAACUGUGGGUUUAAUAAACAGACUUUUAAAUGUUCGGUGUUUGUCUGCAGGGCCUGUUUUCAGACGGCUCACUUCUACAUCGAGGACAGCUCAUCACCCAGAGUCAUCCCUGCUCAGUCCACGGCUGCGUUAAAUGAUGGUAACACACACAUGCACACACACACACACACACAUUAAAAUGAUUUUUGAGGCUCUUAACUGUCAGGGGUCCCCUUUCUGAAAAUAUUGAAAAUCCCUUAAAAGAGCAAACACAGAACUUAACAUCCCAGUCUAAACUUGUCUUGGGUCUUUUAACUGUGCAUUCACACCAAGCACGAAUAAAAUCAUCUACUCAUUUAAUUCAUGUGUAUCGAGACGUGUGAAUGAGAAGUAUUUACUCGCUUCAUUUGGGCAAAUGAUUCGCUCUAUUCGCAAGAAUCAUUUAGCACAUUCGUGAGAUUCGUGCUUCAACAGAGUGCUUAAAAGCCGUGGAUAGCCGCUUAUGCUAAUUUCAACAGUGAUUCUUGACAAUUCAACUGGCAGGAUCAAGUGAUAAUCCGACCUCCUCACUCACUUUCCUCCUUUUUAUUCCUGUUUUUAUAAAGAAAAGCACGUUGUGAUACGUUUGUCCUCCAUUUUCCACACUGCAGUGAACAUCUUCCAGUCUGUUUUCAUGCAUCAUCUAGGAAUCUUUGUUAGGAUUAGUUAUCGUGACGCCAAUAUUUGCUUAAAUUGAGAUAUUUUCAACUCUUGCGAAUUCGCCUCGUUUGCGUGAAUUAAGUGAGUUAUUUGCGCGAAAAACUCUCUUUAACUCACACUAUUCGCGCCGCCCAAUUCGCGUCAUUCAUGCCACCAAAGUAGAAUGCAUCUAAUCCUGUCUUUGCAUUGACUUUACAUGUUUUUCAUUUGCGCAAACGAUUUUACUCCUGCUUGUCGUGAACGCCUCUUUAAUGUCGUCUUUAAUUUCUGGUACAGCUUAGUGACAAACAAAAAGACAGCAACACAAAAACAUAUUUUUGAAGACGAACAGUUUCCAAAAAAGGGUUUUAUUUUGAUCAUGUGAAAACUUUACAUCUCAAUCAUUCCUGUUUAUCACUUUUCCUGAAAUUGUCCUUGAUAUUUCCCUCAGCUCUGCCACAAAGAGUUACAACCCAACAAUAUAAACACGCUGACUCUUUAUCUUCCAGACGAACAAACAACCUUCCCAGUGAAGGACUUUGUCAAACAUGUCGCCGAGCUUCACGACACCCAGGGCUUCCAGCGAGAGUUUGAGGUAGAGAAACCAGAUUUUGAUCACAUUUCUGAAGUCUGAAGUACAAACAGAUCUCUGCGGGGUGUUCAUUCGUCUGCAUUUGUGUCUGAUUGUCAUCCUGCUGUUGUCUGCAUGCUGCAUGGUGAGCUGUGAUGAUAUGACAGAGUGCUGCACAACGUGUCACUGUUUCAGAUCCUGUGAUUGUCACUGAACAGGCUCAUUAGGUCGAUGAUGACGGCGUGCAGAGGGUGACCGACAUCGUACAUAAUGUCCGGUAGUUUGUAGGGCUGCACGAUUCAGGCCAAAAAUAAAACCUUGAUUUAAUCCCUGAAAACUCGAUUCCCAGAUUUCUGGCUGUACAAGACCGUAUGAGGGGGAUUUUGUGUGUUACAGAGAAUUAUUUUAGAUUUUGAAAAAUUUAGCUGAAGGAAAUUUUGUGCCAUCCAACUUUUAAUGUCACUUAGACAGUCCAUGACAGCAGCCAGGCAUCCUGGGUCCUCAGGUCUCUAAGGAGGGUAUAUCUGUGUGUCGUCUUCAUAGCAGUGAAAGGAGACUUGGUGGCGCUGAAUUAAUUGGUCGAGGCGCAGCAUGUAGAUAGAAAAUAAAAUCGGACCUAAAACUGAACCUUGCGGUACACCACAGGGGACAGCAGAAGUAGAGGAGGUGUGAUUGCCGAUGGUGAUGGCAAAGGUUCGCUCUAAAAGAUACGACUGAAACCAGCUAAUCGCAACGCCCCUGAUACCCACCCAGUUUAUAAGACGCUCAAUUAAAAUAACAAGAUCAACUGUAUCAGAAGCUGCACUGAGAUCCAAAAGACUUUAAACUGAGCCCUUCGUCUGAAACUUUGAGGUCGUAAAAAAGUAUCGCCUCCCGCCUGAAGGAGGAGCCUACGGUGGCCUGGAGGUGUGAGACAUGAUAGAGAGGAAAAUCGAUUUGACGAUUUAAAUUUUUUAACAUCGUCAUGAUCAGAUAAUCCGAUUACGAUAUAAAGUCGAUUAGUCGUGCAGCCCUAGUAGUUUGUCUGCAGUCCUCUUCUCUGCCUCCGUCACCAGAGAGUCCAGUCCUCUUCAGAUUCUACUUUAGCGCUGGUUUUAUCUUUGUUUUCAGGCAUUAACAAAAAUAAUAAACUGGUGGAAAAUUAAAUCGUUCGCCGUGAUAAAACGGAGGUGAAGAUACUCUUGUUUGUGUUGAUUCCUCUGUGUGUGGAGAAAGCAUGAAGUGUUCUGUGAGAUAACCGGUCUUGUCUUGUUGUAAACUGUGUUUCUGCACCUCCUGUUGACUGUGUUUUCACGGAAACGUCCUGGCUGCCUGCCUGCCUGCCUGCCUGCCUGCCUGCUGCUUCCUCCCCUCGUCAUUAGAAACUGAAGGAGAGUUACGAGGUAAGAGGCUCCCCUCACGGUGAACGCCGCUGCACUCUGUCGUUUUUGUCUCGUCCCGUCGCAGUUUUAUGUUCCUUUGUAUCUGUGGAUGUUCAGAGCAUGAUCACCUCUGACACAUGAUGACGACCAGGUGACGGAUGUUUUAUAAAGACGAGCUCAGAGGUCUCAAAAUGGAGCCUGUGGGAACAAAAAAAAAAAAACUUUAAUGUAGAAAUGUGUUUUUUUUGUUUGAUAACAUUUGUGCCAGUAUCAUACAUCCAUGAGAGAAGUAGUUUUUGUGUUCCCUCCAUGAUAUUUGACUCUUAACCUGCUGAAAUAUUUCACUAGGGUAAUUGUGUGUGUGUGUGUGUGUGUGUGUGUGUGUGUGUGUGUGUGUGUGUGUGUGUGUGUGUGUGUGUGUGUGUGUGUGUGUGUGUGUGUGUUCAGGAAGUUCAGAUGUGCACGGUGGACAUGGGGAUGACGACCGACAGCUCCAACCAUCCCGACAACAAAACCAAAAACAGAUACAGCAACAUCCUGGCCUGUGAGUACAAGACAAAACUGUUCAGUUCGCGUGUUUUCUUUAUUCUCAUUGUUGAACUAAAACUUUUAUUUUUAGGAGAAAAUUGACAGAUCUCUUUUCCCAUCAGCAGCACGCUCAUAAAACACACAGAAGUAAACGUCUUUAAUCGAGUAAAAUAGUAAAUCCUUCUCAACAUCAACCAGAACAUUCAAAGUAAGGUGUGUCUGUUCAACUUCAACUCUUUUUAUAAAAACUCAAAGUACAUGUUUAAGCGCUUUCUGCCCAUUUGACCCCUGACCUCUGGAAAAGACGAUAAAAUAAGGACCAAGGAUUAAAAAGUUCCUGUACUUUCCUGUUUGAUACGGAUUUAAAGGUACGAAGGGAGAAGAUUCAGCAGAUUUUUAGUCGAUUUACUCGUUUACUAGAAUCAUAAGAAUAAAAAUAAAAGAAAAAUAAUAAAAGACAAAAUUCAGAGGUGAAAAAAAUAGUUAAAAACUGAGGUAGAAGAAAGAGAAUGAAACAGGAAACACGGACAAAGACCGAUAAAAAGAGACGGGGAAGAGCAGAAAAUAUAAAAAUACAAGAAAGAAGAAAAAAAGGUAGAGGUAGAUUUUCACUGGUAAAGUAUGAACUAAAGGUUAUCAGAGAGAUUUUAUUAAACAACAGUUUAAGAAAUUAAAACAAUUAAUAUCAGGAAACUUGAGAGGAUUUUAAGUUAAAACAGAACAUCAACCAAUCAGAGGGAGAACUGUUCAGAAAUAUUAAAAUAUCAAAGUUAAGAAAAGUUAAAAUAACUUAUUAAAGUGUAAAAAAUCAUUUUUGAUCCGUGAUUUUUUUGACUCAACACCAAAUUUACAACAAACAGCACGAGUCUGGAAACUGUUGGACCAGAUUAUAACCAGAGAUUUUUGUGUCACUAUUUUCUUGGCUCGUUUUUUGCUUCAGAUGUUUUAUUCCUUUUUUUAUUAUUAUUAUUUUAUUGUUUUUAUUUUAAGGGACAAAAAUAAAUCAAUAUAAAAUCAGAUACUGUUGUUGGAUAUCUGUAAACUAGUCCGUUCAGGAUUUCUUAUUUAUGUUAAAACUGAUUUUUCAGUUUUUUGUUGUAAAUUUUUGCUCUAAUUAAACCAAAAGAGACGAUCUUUGCUGGUUUUCACAUCCACAUAUUUACAGAAAACAUAUUUUAGAAUCUGAAGGGACGUCCUCUUGGAUAAAUUUGCUUCUUGGAUAUUUGCAGUUUAAGUUUAUUAUCAUAUAAUAAAACAAGCCUUUCUUUUAAUACCAUUACUGUUGAAGCUGAAGUUUCUGAGGAGUGUGAAAGUGUCCCGCUGAUGAACUUUGUGCAGAGUUAAAAAAAUCAUGAAUAUGUGAGAAACGUCUUUCUCUUUGAUUUAAUUAUUUGGUACUUUCAUUCACAACAUUUCACAUCUUGUAGAUUUUACUGCCCAUGUUUCUUUGUCUGUUUUAUUAUGAUUAUAAUUAGUUUAUUGACCCAUUUAGAGUUUUACCACUGCAAAAAAAAAAAAACUAAAACCUGAGCAAAUGUCUUUGUCUUAUUUCAGGUAAAAAUGUCUGAUUAGACUCAGAAUGAGGCACAUUCACCUGACAAGCCCAAAUUUUUAUUAUUCAAAUAUUUAUAUUGAAUUUUCAAAUGGAAAAACAAACGCGUCCGCUGAUAUUCAUAACUUAACAACUAUUAAAAAAUAUAUUUAAAAAUUAUAAUAAAAGAGGCACAACAUAAAACUUUAAACAUACAAAAACUCUGAUGAUAAAAAGAGUCUUUUCUUACAUAGAUUCAGAGGAAUGUCAUAUUUAAGUGAGGAGCCCAUAUUUACAAGCCAAAAGUGAAACCCCUCCAAUACAUAUGAAUUUAAUUUAAGUGUCUUGGAUUAAGAUUUUUCUGUUUUUUCCCAAAAUGAUUAUUCUAUUUGGUGUAAAAAAAACAGUUUAAAGACUUCUACUUUCCCAUCAGCAGCACAAACAUCGAUGUUGUUUCAGUAAUUUAAGAGUUAAAGUGUUUUUAAUUCGCUCUGCAGGAAGGUAAAUAUCAGUGCUGUUGAAGUAUUUUCUACAAAGUUGAAAUAUCAUUUUUUGGUCGUGUUUGCAAAGUUUGUGAAACUAGAAAUAAUGAUGAAAUCAAGUCUUUUCUGUUUCUGUGUCCGUCUGAUGAAAUGUCGCUCUGUCUUUGAACCGCAGACGAUCACAGCCGGGUGCGACUCUCGCCGCAGGCCGACAAAGACGGGAAAACGAGGGAUUACAUCAACGCAAACUACGUGGAUGUAAGACGCUCUUUUUUUUCUUUUUUUAAUAGAUUUCUCAUUCUGAUAUCUGAGCUUCAUACAAACUGAGGCCUUCAGUUUCACCCCGUUUCUACAAAUUCAAUCUGUCGAACACACAGUCAAAACUUUUUAAUUUAUUCUCAGAGGUACUUCACGCCUCCCUCCGCUCUCCUAAACCAAAGUCAGUGAACCCCCCUCCCCUGAAUUUCUCUAAACCUUUUCAUUAAAAAGGCUCUUGUUAACGGAGGACUGCGUGGCUCUUUAUUAUGCUUAUCACCGCUCCAUUCAUUCACACUUUCUUCAUUUUUUCUGCCACUCUGUGAAAAGCAGAGGCGACACGUGAAAAAAAAAACCCAGUGUCUGUCAUGGCCUCUCUGUGGAGGCAGAAAACGCGGGUUAUAAAGUUGGUAAAAACGCUGUGAGGAUUCGUGUGGGGUUUACUUUUGUCUGCGUCCCACAGUUGAAGGCGACUCUUUGCUGUCAGUCAUGUGAAGGUUACUAAACUUAACUCCUACCUCCAGUCACUUUUCAAACUUUAGGAUCCAGUCCAACAAAUCCUUUAUCAGCUGCACUACGACAGACUUUUUAAUGUAAACUGGAUCCUAGCUCACUGCUGCUGACUCUGUUCAGCGCCCCCUCAUUUGUCUUUGUUUAACAGGCCCGGACUCUCUGUAGACGGGGUCGAGGUGGACUGGAAGUAAUUUUGAUAAUAAUUUUAACUAAAGACUUUUUUCUUUUCCUUUGAAUUUCUUUGUUUCAUAAAUAAUGGGAACCCCAAAACUCCAGACCUCCUAAAUCUGUCUCUGGGUUUUUUGGAUCAGUUCUCAGAUCUACGGUCUAUUGUAAUCAGAACCGGUCCAACCCUCAAUGGGGCCCUAAGCGAAAUUUGAUUUUGUGGCCCUCUAUUUCUGCCAAUAAUAGUGCCUUUUUGUUUUGAUUUGAGACGUCUGUGGUGUCGUGUGCUUCGGCUCCUUCAUUUUGUCCUCACAGAUAUUGCGACUAUAUUGAUUCUGUAACGGCGCAUUAAUGUACGCAUAAGGAUUUUUUUAGUCCAUGUCCCAUCUGUUAACAAGAAGGAGGCAGACUUUAAGACCUAUACUGCAGCCAGUCAGUAGGGGGAGCUCUGAAUCUUUCGAGCUGUCAUGUUGUGAUCUGUCCUGAAAUUCUACAAAAUCUCUCAAGAUUUUGACUCUGAAGUUUGGAGUUUGUAAAAGUCGAUAAGUUUUGUGUGAUUUGAAAAUGUAAUCUAAACACACCCGCCUUAAAAGAAGAGUUUGAAUUUCACUGCAGGGAUCAAUACAGUUCUUCUUAUUAAUAUUCUUAUUAUUAUUAUUAUUAUUAUUCGUCUUCUACUAUUACUACAUCUUCUUCGUUGCCGUCUUCUUCUUCGUGGUCGUCUUCUUCUUCAUCGUCUUCUUUGUUGUCUUCUUUGUCGUCUUCUUCGUCUUUUUCACCGUCUUUUUCGUUGUCUUCUUCGUCGUCGUCUUCUUUGUCUUCUUCUUCAUCUUCUUCAUUGUCUUCUUCAUCGUCUUCUUCGUUGUUGUCUUCUUCUUCUUCGUCUUCUUUUUCUUCUCCCUCUUCCUCUUCAUUGUGGUCUUCUUCUUCUCCAUCUUCUUCUUCUUCUUUAUUCUUCUUCUUCUUCCUCCUUCCUCCUCCUCUGGCCUCAUUAUUCACUCCGAGCGCUGUGACAAAUGAACGUUUUCAAACUGUGAUUCUCACUUUGGCACACUUGAGCGUUUUGCGAGUUAGACUCUGAGGAGCGUAGAGCUGGACUUGGAGCAGCUGAGACUUGAUCAGGUCACAUGUGGGUUUAUUAAAGCUGACUCAGCCGCUGCGUGUUUCCUCAGGGGUUUAAGAAACCACGAUCCUACAUCGCUGCUCAGGGUCCCCUGAGGUCGAGCACUGAGGACUUCUGGAGGAUGGUCUGGGAGCAAAACGUCUGCGUCAUCGUCAUGAUCACAAACCUGGUGGAGAAAGGAAGAGUGAGAAACCUACGCACAUCAGUUCAAACACGUGAGAUAAAGACAAAAUCCUCCUCUGAAUGUUCAUGGCGUUGACGUGUCGUCUGUGUCCUCAGAGGAAAUGCGAUCAGUACUGGCCGGCUGAGGUGCAGGAGGAGUACGGCAGCUUCCUGGUGACGGUGAAGAGCAGCAGAGUCCUCGCCCACUACACCCAGAGGACCUUCACCGUCAGAAACACACACGCCAAAAAGGUCAGACUGAAAAAAGUUUCAGGAGUGUGGAGAUGAAGUUCUGUGGUCAUGAUCAGACUGAAUAAAAAAGGUCAUAAUUAAUUCUGCAGGGGUCACAGAAAGGGCGGAGCAACGAGCGCACCGUGGCCCACUUCCAUUACACCCAGUGGCCGGACAUGGGCGUCCCGGAGUUCGCUCUGCCGCUUCUGAGCUUCGUGAGAAAGUCAUCCAAAGCCAGGAACGAUGGCUCGGGGACGGCGGUGGUUCACUGCAGGUAAAAACCGAUAAAACUGCCGAACUUCAGGUUUUUAAUCCGGACUUUAGUUUGAACUGUUUCUCCUCUCGCUGUGCAGCGCUGGCGUGGGCCGAACGGGAACCUACAUCGUCCUGGACAGCAUGCUGAAGCAGAUCAGAGACGAAAGCGCCGUCAACAUCACGGGCUUCCUCAAACACAUCCGGACACAGAGGAACUACCUGGUCCAGACAGAGGUCAGAGGUCACCCAUAUCUGAUAUGUAUUUAUCUGAGGUGUGUCAGCGAUAAAACCCUGAACUCCAGCUCUUUAUUGAAAACAUAAACCAGUCGGUCUCCUCUCUACAGGAGCAGUAUGUUUUCAUCCACGAUGCUCUGGUGGAAGCCAUCUUGUCCGGGGACACAGAGGUGGCGGGGGCUCACCUGCACAGGUACGUGGAUGAGCUGCUGACCCCGGGGCCUGCUGGGAGGACGCGUCUGGAGAAACAGUUCAAGGUGGGCGGCUAAACUGUAGUCCAGGAUAAACUCACAAACGUAAAUUUAAAACUGUUCAACCUCAGAUAUUCGUUGGUAAAAAUGUUCAGUUUGACAGAACCGUGGUUGUAUAAAUGCAGAUCUAUCUUUGUGAAGAUCUAUGCAGCUCCACAGAAAUAACAGAUGUAACAGAUGUCCGAUGUUUCUCCUCAGCUGGUUUGUCACUCUGGAGUAAAGCAGAGCGACUUCUCUGCAGCUCUGCAGGAAUGUAACCGCAGCAAGAACAGAAGCUGCUCCGUGAUUCCAGGUGAGUUCAUGAGCCUGAUGAUGUUUUUAUGUCUGAAUGUUCGUUUGUCUCUUUAGCUGCGUCAGAGGAAGGACAAUCCUGCGUGUCUAAUUUAUUUCAGAUAUAAACUCUUCCUUAAAUGUGUCUUUGCAGUGGAGAGGUCGAGGGUACGCUUGUCUACGACAGCUGGGGAAACGUCCGACUACAUAAACGCAUCGUACAUCACAGUGAGAAUCAGUUUAUCUUCUUCAUAGUUGAAUUUUCUGGAGGGUCAUAUGAGGCGUUGAUUAUUAAUUUAAUCACAGGAUGUUUGAUCCAGUUUGAACUGAUUUUCUCAAGAGAUGAAAUUUGCCCGAGAAGGCUCCAUCUUCUAGAUUUCGGUCUCAUCGUUCUUCAUGUUUUAAAGAUACAAUGAAGGUUUGGGUGAAGUAGAUCGGACAGUGAGAAGGAAUGUUUGACCCCUUUGAUUCAUAACUUUAAAUCACAGAUACUAAAUCUGUGUUUCUGUUCCUGCAGGGUUACAGGCAGAGCAGUGAGUUCAUCAUUACCCAGAAUCCUUUACCGGGAACCACAAAAGACUUCUGGAGGAUGAUCUGGGACCACAACGCCCCGGUCAUCGUAUCGCUUCCAGGCGGGGUGAGGAGAUGUUCAGAUACAGACAUAACAACCAGCUACGUCGAGAUCACAGAGCAGAACAUUUUUAGUCAAAGCUCUUACAGCCGCUUCAUCUUCCUUUAGGGCCGUUAAUCUACAUUUAAAAAGGUGUAAAGAGACCAGCUCUCCAAGACACAGUUUUGCAGGAGCAGCAGAUCUAAAACUUCUUUUGUUCAUUUCAAGACGAACUUUAGGGACGGAUAGCAGAAGUAGAUUUUGUGUCUGAGUUGCAGAACGAAGGGUAUUUCGCUUCCAGAACUUUUAACAUGAAUACAAUAACACAACUAUGGUGGAAGCAGGCCGAGUCUGGCUUUGUAAAUCAGGAUGUGCCAACGGUUCAGUCUACACACGGUUAGAAAGAGCAUCCUAACUUUGUCAUACAAGGUACAAGAAAUAAGACGGAUUAAACUGCCUUUUGUUUAUAACAAUCAUUGAAUUCCCUUCUUAAACCGUUAUCGCCUUCUCUACAUUUUUUAGCUAUUUUCUGAAUGUUCUUUUCAGACAGUUUUGUGUCUGUAUGUCAUUUCUGGAACUUGAACCAGGGUCCGUUUUAGUCCAUAGAUAGAAUAAAACAGUGGAUGCAGCAUUAUAGGUCAACUUUAAGUACAAAAUGUGAGUAAACAUAUCCACCAGGUACUGAAUCCAUGAACCGAUGAAGUCAAACUGAAGCCCUCAAAACUAUUAAAAAGAGAAAACAUCAUUAUUAUUUCACUUCACAUAUUAAAUCACAAAUACCUUUAACGCCCCUUUAAUUCUGGUGUUGAAUAGACUUGACAUGAUGUUACUGUCUAUUUACUUUCUGUGUCUCCAGACGGAGGAAGAGGAGGCGGGCGUUUGUACAGUUUGGCCUCGUAAAGGGCAGCCAAUCAGCUACGAGACGUUCACUGUCACACAGAGGAGUGAGAAUAACAUCUGUCUGGCCAACGAGGACAUGGUGGUCGUCUAUGAAUACGUACUGGAGGCCACGCAGGUGAGCACAUCAAAAGUUUGAGGUGAGAGGAAAUGCUGUUUCAAAAGCUAAAAAACUCUUCACUUCCUGCAGGAUGACUUUGUUCUGGAGGUGAAACACUACCGCGCCCCCCACUGGCCAAACCCAGACAGUCCCACCAGUAACACCUUCGAGCUCCUCAACCUGGUGAAGGAGGAGAGCGCCGUCAAGGACGGACCCACGGUGGUCCACGACGAGUAAGAACACGAGUGACUUUUUUGUUGGAUAAAGAUUUGAGGAGAUUUCUCGUAUGAUGUUCAUCACUACGCUGUCUUUCCCCUCAGCGUGGGCGGAGUCACAGCGGGGACGUUUUGCGCUCUGUUGACUCUGACUCAGCAGCACAAAGCAGAGGGUUCGGUUGACGUCUUCCAAGUGGCCAAACUUAUGAACCUCAUGAGACCCGGGAUCUUCAGCGACAUGGUGAGGCUGAAGAGAGUUUCCUCGGGUUGUUUUCUUCAUCAGUAGAGUCAGACUUGAUCAUUUUGUCCAGCUCAUUAAAACGUUCUUCAUUCAACAUCUGUACUGGUGAAUAUUUUGCAGGAGCGGUACCAGUUCCUCUACAAAGCCAUGCUGAGUCUCAUCGGGACGCAAGAAGACCAGAAAACCCUCCAGUCCUCCGACAACAACGGCACCAUCGUGGUGGGAACUGCCAGCACUGCCGAGAGCCUUGAAUCUCUGGUGUAACCGCCUCAAAAGAACCACAAAGAACUCUCGUUUGACUUUGAGAAACGAGCAGCAGCAUUUAGCCUCUCCUCCUCGGCCACCAACAGAACUUCUCCUGAUGCCAGACUCUCGCUUCGACCUCUCACGUAGAAACCCUCCUCCUGUACGGGACUCUGUGUUGAAGUCUGAGGCCGGCACGAACUGAACGAGUGUCUUCUUCUUCUUCACUGGAUCUGGACUCCCUGCGGUUUUGUAAUGUGUGCCUUUUUGUAUUUUUCAUCCUGUACUUUUUAACUUUGAUACAAGCUGUAGACUAACUGCCUGAUGUUUUAACUCUGUAUCUCCUGAGACCUUUCGCUCGACUAACACUUUUCCUAGAAACUUUGUAUUUAUUGGCACUGAGCCAAAUGGGAAAAAGGGAAAAAAACGUCAUCUUUUUACAACAAAUGAAAUAUUUUGUUAGCUUGUCUUUUAUAGAAGUCCUGCACUGAAACCCUUUCUGUAAAUACCAUCGCAGCGGUAGCAGCAGUGUGCUAUUGAAGUCAAAUAUUAAGCAAGGGCCUGGAAUAAUAAAAAUAAUAAUCUAAUGUAAAUAAUAUUAUAGUUAUCAACUUGAUGGACCAAAUUUCUAUUUAUACUUUUAGAUUUUUUAUAUUUUACCAUUUUUAGUCCAUUCAAAUGUUAUGUUUCAUUCUAAUUGUGUAGUUGGAGUACAUUAAUGCUUUUAUACUCCGGUUUUUGUAACAGACUAAAUGUGAUGCAUGUGGGGUACUGACAUGUUUUGUUUUUUUUAGCUGGACAUGAAACACUGCUGGAUUAUUAGCUAGGGGAUUAAAUAAGUAAAAAAAAACAAACAGG